AGAUGGAGAUCAGAGAGGUCACCAAGUCCGACUCCGGCCUCUACAGGUGCGUCGCCACCAGCACACAUGGAGAGAUCGAGUGCGGCGCAGAGAUGGAGGUCACCAAGAAGGAAGCGGCGGCGGGAGUUGGAGACAUGAGGACGAGGCUGAAGAGGACUCCCUCCAAGCAGAAGAGUCCAAAGAAAGAAGGAGACCUCAAUAUCGUGGAGUUGCUCAGAGGUCAGGACCCCAAAGAUUACGAGAGGAUCCUUCAUGAGCACGGCAUCCACGACUUCCGCGUCAUCCUGCAGGCCGUCGAGUUCCUCAAGAGGGAGAAGGAGACAGAGACCACAAAAGUGGAAGUGGAGCACGGCGGCCGGGUUGAAGAGGAGGACAUGGCCAAACUCAUCCAGCAGCUGGAGGGACGCGCCGCCACAGAGCCCGUCUCCGUGAUCGAGGACAUCAGCGACCAGUCUACGACCGAGAACCAGGGCGCCACCUUCGAGUGCCAGAUCCGGAUCAACUACCCGGAGAUCACCCUCACCUGGUACAAAGGCACCCAGAAACUGGAUGCCGGCGACAAGUACGACAUCAGCAGUGUCGGCGAGCACCACACUCUGCUCAUCAAGAACUGCCAGGUCAAAGACCAGGGCAACUACCGCGUGGUGUGUGGCGCCCACAUAUCCAACGCCAAGCUCACCGUCACAGGAGCUGCUUCCAAGACCGCCGGACAAAUUCAGUUCACUAAACGCAUCCGAAGCAUCGAGGUCAGCGAACGCCAUGGCGCCACCUUCGAGUGCGAGGUGUCCUUCGACGACGCCACCGUCGCGUGGUACAAAGACUCAUGGGAGCUCAGAGAGAGCCCCAAAUAUAACUUCAAGACCGACGGCCGACGUCACUUUAUGACCAUCCGUAACGUGACGGCCGAGGACGAAGGCGUUUACUCGGUGAUCGCCCGUCUGGAGCCGAUGGGAGAAGCUCGGAGCUCCGCUGAGCUUCACCUGUCAGACAAAGAGUUUGAGUUAGGGAAGGUUCCUCAGGACGUCACCGACUCGUCGGUUCUUGUUCCAGAAGCAGCUUCUCUGUUCGUUAGAGCAGAAGAGAGAGAAGCUGUUGGAGAAACAGUAGAGAGGACUCAGGUCCAGAUGAGAGAAGAAGUCCCUGCAGUUCCUGAGGUUUACAUGAGACCAGAGGAGAAACCUGUAGCUCCGCCUCCAGUCACAGAGCCUGAAGUAAAGAAGCUGCUUCGUGAGGAGAUGAUCGGCGCUCAGAGAGAAGAAGAAGCUCCAGAAGAACCUUCAGUUUACGUCGAACCCGAACAAGAUCAAGUGAUGGUUCCCAGAAAGGUUGCACCUGAACCUCGUCCACCAAAGACUGAAACGGUUCCUCUUGAGCCUAAAGUGGCUCCUCAGAAACACAAGGUUCCUGAGAUGAAAGAGCCGAAAACGAAGCCUGAAGCUGAACCUGCAAAGAGAAAACCAGCCACCCCUAAAGAGACAGCAACAGAACCACCAAAACCAGAAGAAGCUGUAGUUCAGCCAGCAGCAACCAAGGUUCCUCCCUCAGCACCAGAACAUCCUCCAGCUAAAGUGCAAGAUGAACCCAGACCAGAGGAGCCUGUAGUUCGUACAUCAGCACCACAAGCUACUCCACCCAAGUCUGAAGCUGUUCCACCUAAAGUUGUCUCAGAACCGAAGACGUCUGAACCUGAAAGAAAACCUCAUAUGAUGGCUGGUAAACCUGAACCAGAAGCACCGAGGUCUGAACCAAAACCAGAAGAACCCAAGAAGGUUCUGGAAGAAACAAAGAGGGUCGCUGAGGUGCCAAAGAAGGUUUCAGAAACACUGAAGAGGGUACCAGAAGAACCCAAAAAGAAAGUACUAGAAGAAACACAGAGGGUUCCUGAAGCACCAAAGAGGGUUCCAGAAGAGCCAAAUAAGGUUUCAGAAACCCCAAAGAAGGUUUUAGUAGAGCCAAAGAAGGUUUCGGAAGAACCAAAGAAGGUUUCCGUAGAGUCAAAGAAGGUUUUAGUAGAGCCAAAGAAGGUUUCAGAAGAACCAAAGAAGGUUUUAGUAGAGCCAAAGAAGGUUUCAGAAGAACCAAAGAAGGUUUCAGAAGAACCAAAGAAGGUUUUCGAAACUCCAAAGAGGGUACCAGAAUCAGAAAAGCCUCCACAACCAGUAGAACAGAGGGAGAUACCACAGGAAACAACAGCACUAGCUAAAACACAGCUGAAGGUGGAAACACCCAUCAAAGAUGAGAUUAUUCCUUCUGGAAAAGUAUUAGUCCAGUCUAAAGAAGCACCACAGCCGAGAGUUAUUCCAGUUCCCCCAAAGACUGAUCUUAAGCAAACAACCGUAGUGCUUGAAUACAGCAGGAAGUCGACUCUAAAGAUGGGUGUUGGAGAGAAGAUUCCUCAGCCAGAAGGAGUUGGACACCAGCAACAGGAAGUCAGGAGAUAUGAAAGGGGAGCAGAGGUCAGGGAGUCAAUUGUUAAAGAAGAAAUGAUAAGACAACAAAUGGUUUCUGCAAAGGAAGACGAGGAGGUUUCUACAUGGUUCUGUGAAGUUCAGCAGGUUGAAGACACAGAGCCACUGGAGGACAUUGAGCCAGAAUACACUGAACAUGAGGCUGAACUGGAGAAAAUUCAACCUCAUGAUGAAGAAGACUUUCCAGAAGACAAAGCAGUGGACCGGAGAGAAGGAUUGUCUUUGAGCUCCGUCUCUCCACCUCUGAAGGAAGCCGACCUUCUUCCAUCAAACAGAGACGUCACACCUCCACCGGAAAUUACUCGUCCCACGAAGAAAGUACUUCCUCCUCCAGAUUCUGGGUUCACAUCCCAAAAAGAGUUACUGGCCAUCAAGAAAACCUCUCAAGAAAAGAAACAUGUGGAAGCUGAAAUCCCUUCAACUUACGCCGAGCAGAGAGACAUUACUGAAUCAAUUGUGUUGGUACUUCAUGAUGAAGAAGAAACCGUCUCUCCAAUAGAGGAUCUUGUUCAACAUAAAAUCCCUUCUACAUCUAAAGAAAUCACUGCACAACAGAAGUCUAGAGUGCAUGAAGAUGUCUCUCUUUUUAAGCAAGCCGACUCUGUUGAAGAGGAAGAUGUUCGAUCUGUAAGAUUGAUAGCUCGUACACCAGAAGAUUUACCACAAACUCCUCCCAAAAACACAAUUUCUUAUCCUAUAAAAGAAAUUCCUUCCAAAAAAAAAGUAAUAAUCCCUAAAACGAUGGAGUCUACAAUCAUGAAAUCUUCCAAAGCAGCAGGAGAAAUGUAUGUUAAAGACAUCGUACCUCUGGAGAAACCAACUCCUCUGUUGGAAGAAGUGUCCUCCUCCGAAGAAGAAGAAAUUGUCCCAGCAACAAGAUUGAUACCAACACGAAUUCCUUCAGCUGAGAAAAUGGUCUUAUCUGAGGAAGACAUUUCACCGCCAAAAGAACCGGUUCUGCCUCCUAAGAAAGCCUCUCCUGCCCUUCACAAAGCUGUUGUUGCUCCUGAAGUAGACUUCUUCCCUAAAGAAGUGACUCCACCCAAGAAACCCAUCACUAAAGGCAAAGUUGCUCCAACUAAAAGAUCUCAAGUACCACCACAGAAGAAAGCUCCAACCCCUGAAGAAGAAACUCUUCCUUCCAUGAAGCCGGCUUCUCCGGCACAAAAGUUGAUCACCCCUGAGGUGGAUUCACCUGAAGAAGGAAGAACCUCUGCAGUUAAACCUCCAUCAGUAAGAGAAGAUGACAAGAAAACAAAGAAGGGAACACAGGAGAGUCAACAACAAACUCUUCAGAAAGAGUCUCCUCGAGAGGAGAAGAAACCAGCUGCACCAGCACCAAAGCUUUCACCUCCUGCUGCUGCAGCCAGAGCAGCUCCUCCUGCAGUUUCUCCCCCUGAGGAGAAGAAACCCUCUGCACCAAAACAAAAGCCUUCACCUCUUCCUACUGCUCCUGCAGAGAAAGUAGCUCCUCCUGCAGUGUCUUGUCCAGAGGAGAAGAAACCAGCUACACCAGCACCAAAACCUUCAACUCCUGCUGCUCAUGCAGUGUCUCCUCCAGAAGAAAAGAAACUAACAACAAAACCAACACCAAAACCUCCAGCAGAAGAAGUUGUACCUCCUGCAGCUCAAGUUGCUCCGGUGGUGAAGAAACCGUCUCCAAUAGUCCAAAAGGCUGAACCCUCUCCUGUUUCAGAGAAAAUGUCUCUGCCUGAAGACAAGGAACCAGUUUCAGCACCUGGACCAACUAAAGCACCACCUCUUACACAAAUGGGUAAGAUCCCAGUUCAAGAGACAAAAACCUACGAAUCGCCGAAGAAGAAGACCCUGUUCACCAGAGUCCCCAAAGAGAAGGAACCAGAACCAGAGGUCAUUAAGCUGAAAACGGUUCCAGUGAAAGCUCCAGAGCCUGAGAAACAAGUCGAAACUCAAAAAUCAGAAGUGACGAGGCUUCAAGACGAAGAACUAGCGGUUCAUGAACUUCAUGACAGAGAAGAUCGAGAGAUAAUAACUCUGGGAAGAACUGAGCGAGUCUUCACUGCAGAGGAGCAGACGGCUCAGUUAGGCUAUUUUGAAGAAGCUGAAAAGGUUGAAGUUGUACAGAAAAUAGAGAAAAAAGGAUGGACAAGAACCCCAAAACCACAGAAAGAGGAAGAACCUGAGGUUCCAAAGUUAGAAAAGAAGAAAAUAACGAAACUGCCAAAGGCAGAUGAGCAGAAAGACUCAACCAAACUAAAACCAUUUGAAAAGUCAGGGAAACCAGAAGAAGAACCACAGAAGAUCAAACUAAAAAAGGUUCCAACGAAGCCCAAAGAGCCAGAGAAGAAAGUCAUAACUCAUAAAGUUGAAGUGACGAGGCAUUACGACACAGAAAUGUCCGUUCAGAAGCUUCGCAAUAGAACGGAUCGAGAGGUUUUAACACUUGGAAGAACUGAACGAGUCUUCACUGCAGCUGAAGAGGCUUCUGAUCUGGGUCAUAUGGAGGAACCUGAAAAUCUGGAGGCAGAAGUUGAGAAAUCAAGAUGGAUAAGAACCCCUAAAACGCCAAAAAGUGAAAAACCUGAACCAGAUUUAACAAAAAAGAAAAUAAAGAAGUUGCCAAUGAAAGAUGAGGAGCAAGAAGUUGUGACACUGAAACCAUUUGAAAAACCAGAGAAACCCGAAAGAGCUGAACCUGAGAAAGCUGAGAAAGAAGGUGAGGCGACAACGGAUACUCAACACACUCCAUUCAAGAGAGCUGAGACACCACACAGAGACCAAACAACCUCUGCUAUAAAACACAGAAAAGAUGUAGAUGCUCCGGUGACGAGUCCAGAGGUAACUCCUGAAGCCAGCAAAGACCAGAAGGAGAUCCAGCAGAGGGAAAAGCCUGAUCGGGUACCCAAAGAUGAGGAACCUUCAGCUGCUGACAAGCUUCGCAGAAAACCUAAAGUUAUUUCUACACCAGAGAAAGAAAAAGAGCAGGUCAUGUUAAAGCCUUUCACCAGAGUUUCCAAGCCUGAAGAAAAGCCAGAAGAAGAGAAAACAAAGCUACCCAGUAAAACUCCAAGAGAUGAAACUCCUAAAGAACUUCUUAGGGAAGUUGAAAAGACUGCAACGCCUAAAAAAGAGUAUGAGAAACCUCAGGAGAAAGACAAGCCAGCUGUUCCACCCAAGAAGCCCAGUCCACCAGGAAAGCAACCAGCAGAGAAAGAGAUCCCACCAAAACAAACCGAUACCCUGAAGAAAGGUGUCGAACUCAAAAAGACUCCUUCGCCCAGAGUGUCUAAAGACAAGGUAGAAGAAGAAAAGCCCUUUAAACCUAUCGAGCAGCUGAAGAGGGUCGAGCUAAAGAAGACUCCGUCGCCAAAAUUUGAUAAACCUAAAGAACUUGAGCACGUCCCCACCGAGAAGAAGCCAAGAGUUGAAAAAGUUAAACAGAUUCCCGAAACGGUUUCACCAAAAGACUCUGUGACCCUUAAAAAGGUCCCGAAGAAGCCGUCACCAGAGGAGGCUCCUCAACCAGAGCCACCUGGGAGGGUUCGGAUCCCCCUGAUGAAGGAGGUUUCUCCUGGAGCCGUACAGAUGAAGAAGGUGCCCACCCAGCCGGAAGAGGAGGUGUUUGAAGACAAGGCUGAAGAAGAGGAAGAAGAGGAGGAGGCCUGGGGCUGGGAGCUGGUUCCCGCUGAUGACUGGGAAGGUGAAGGGGUCGAUGGGGCGUUGGAGACUCCAGGAAUGCCCGGCGGCAAACGAGAUGGAAAACCGACCGAGGAGCCACCAAAAGGCCGAGGCCGAGGACUUGGGGCGAGACAGACCCCGUCUCCUGGUGGCGGUGGAAGGGGCCGCGGCCUGAAGCCCGGUGGAAAGGGCCCGUCGCCACCAGAGGAACCCUUCGCAGGAUUCAAACUCAAAGCCGUCCCCCUGAAGUUCAUCAAGAAGAUUCAGGACAUCGUGCUGCAGGAAGCCGAGUCCAUCGGCUCGUCUGCCGUGUUCGAGUGUGAGGUCUCGCCCUCCACCGCCAUCGCCUCGUGGAUGAAAGACGGCAGCAACCUCCGCGAGGAUCCCAAACACAAGUUCACCUCUGACGGCAAAGAUCGCAAGCUGAACAUUAUUGAUGUGCAGCUGUCCGACACCGGUGAAUACACCUGUGUAGCCAAGAACGCCGGCAAGGAAAUAUCAUGCACAGCCAAGCUCAUUGUUGAAGAGCUGCCUGUGAAAUGGCUGAAGGAGCUGGAACCAGAGACUUCCUGUAUUAAGAGUCAGCCCAUGUAUCUGUCCUGUGAGCUGAACAAAGAGAGAGAUGUGACCUGGAAACGUAACGGCGCCCUCCUUAAGAAACAGGCCGGAAAAUUAGCCAUUAAUAUCAUCGGCUUGCAGCAUGCCGUGACCAUCCAGAACGCCACGGAGGAAGACGCCGGCGCCUACACAUGUGAGGUGGACGGACAGGAAGACGUCAAGACCACAACCAAUGUCAAAGUGAUUGAAAUCAUCAAAGACUGGCUGGUGAAGCCUCUGAGGGACCAGCAUGUGAAACCGAAGGCCAAGGCCACAUUCAAAUGUGAGCUAUUUAAGGACACUCCCAACUGGAAGUGGUUCAAAGGAGACAAGGAGCUCACUCCUUCUGACAAGGUGGAUGUCCACAAAGAUGGACGGGACAUGACGCUCACCGUCAACAACUGUCAGCCCGACGAUGUCGCCGAGUACACCAUCAAGGUGGAGGAUCGCAGAUACACAGCCAAACUCACACUUGGAGAGCGUGAAGCUGAGAUCCUGAAGCCUCUCUCCAGCGUGGAGGUGGUCGAGAAGGAGGAGGCCAACUUUGACACUGAAAUAUCUGAGGACGAUGUAGUCGGCGAAUGGAAACUAAGGGGACAGGUGUUGAUGAGGUCUCCGAGCUGCGACAUUAAAGCUGAAGGCAGGAAACGUUUCCUGACGUUGAAACACGUCCAGCUGGAUCAGGCCGGUGAAGUCUCCUAUCAGGCCCUGAACGCCGUCACCAGCGCCAUGCUCACUGUCAAAGAGAUCGAAAUGGGUUUUGUUGACCCGCUGAAGGACGUUUCUGUGCCUGAAAAGAAACAGGCCAAGUUUGAAUGCACCGUCACCAAGGAGGUGUCAAAGGUCAUGUGGUUCAGGGGGGCGGAGAUCGUCACCCCGAGCCCUAAAUAUGAAAUAAUCGAUGAUGGAAUGAAACACAUGCUGAUCGUAAACAGCUGUGAGUUUGACGACGAGGCUCAGUACACCAUCGAGGCUUUGGGCCACAAAUCGUCCGCUCAGCUGGCGGUGGAAGGCAUGAGGCUCAAAUUUGUGCAGCAGCUUCAGGACCAAACAGUGAAAGAAGGUAAAGCGGUUCGGUUUGAACUCGAGCUGACGCAUGACAACGUGCCGGUGGUGUGGUACCGAAACGAGGUGAAACUCCACGUGAGCCGAACGGUGCUCACACACGUGGAAGGAAAGAAACACACUCUAGAAAUGAGGAUGUUGACUCUAGAUGAUACCUGCCAGGUAAAGGCAGAGGCCAAAGGGAUUUACGCCACGGCAAAGCUGACUGUCAUAGAGGGUGACGCCGUCUUCGUGGUGAAGCUGCAGGACUACACGGCCACCGAGAAGGACGAGGUGAGUCUGGACUGCGAGCUCAGCAAAGACGUGCCUGUCCUUUGGUAUCACAGCGAGAAGGAGAUCGUCGCCUCCAAAAUGGUGGUCAUGAAGUCGGAGGGAACUCGCAGGUCUCUGGUCCUGAAGAAAGUGGAAGAGAGCGACAAAGGGAAAUACGUAUGUGACUGUGGAACAGACAAGACGUCGGCCAACAUCAACAUCGAAGCUCGGGACAUCAAGGUCGUCCGGCCGAUUUAUGGCGUGGAGCUGUUUGACGGAGAGACAGCUCGCUUUGAGGUGGAGAUCUCUGAGGAAGACGUCCACGGCCAGUGGAAGCUGAACGGAGAAGUCCUCAGUCCUUCUUCUGAUGUUGACAUCAUCGAGGAGGGCGGCAAACACACGCUGAUCCUGUACAACUGUAAGGUCUCCAUGACCGGCGAGGUGGUGUACACCGCCGCCAACGCCAAGUGUUCCGCUAACCUGAAGGUCAAAGAACUUCCUCUGACCUUCCUGACGUCGCUGAGUGAUGUUCAGGUGUACGAGAAGGACGAGGCGAGGUUCGAGCUGGAGCUGUCGAGAGCUCCGAAGACUUUCCGCUGGCUGAAAGGUUCCCAGGAGCUGCAGAGCGACGACAAGUACGAGAUGAUCCAGGAAGGAAACAUGUUCGUUCUGUUGAUCCGAUUGGCCGCCUACGACGACGAAGCAAAGUACAUGUUUGAAGCUGAGGACAAGAGGAUGACAGGCAAACUCGUCAUACAAGGUAUUCGCCUGGAGUUUGCCAAACCGAUUAAGGACGUGACCGUGAAGGAGCGCGAAACGGCUGAGUUCAGCGUGGAACUCUCCCACGACAAGAUCCCGGUGGUCUGGUACAAAAAUGACGUCCGCCUGCACCCCAGCAAGGUGGUCCACAUGUCCGAUCACGGAAAGGUCCACAUGUUGGCCUUCAAGGAGGUCACCAUCGACGACACGUCCAUGAUCAAAGUGGAGGCAAUGGACAAGACCCUGACCGCCAUGCUCACCGUGAUCGAGGGAGAUCUGUAUUUCACCACCAAGCUGCAGAACUACACUGCCGUGGAGAAGGACGAGGUGAAGCUGGUCUGUGAACUGAGCAAAUCCAUCGCCGACGUCAAAUGGCUGAAGGACGGGAAGGAGAUCACUCCCUCCAAGAACAUCGCCAUCAGCACCGACGGCAAGAAGCGCAUCCUGACGGUCAGGAAGGCAGAGAAGGCCAACAUCGGAGAGUACUCCUGCGACUGUGGUUCAGAUAAAACUACAGCCAACCUUAACAUUGAAGAGCGCGACAUCAAGGUGAUCCGUCCGUUGUACAGCGUCGAGGUCACAGAGAAAGAAACAGCCAAGUUUGAGACGGAGAUUUCAGAAGAGGACGUCCACGGGAACUGGAAGCUGAAGGGAGAAGCUCUGCUUCAGUGUCCUGAUGUUGAGAUUAAGGAGGAAGGAACCAAACACAUGCUGAUUCUCUAUAACGUCCGCAUAGACAUGGCCGGAGGAGUCGACUUCUCAGCAGCCAACGCUAAAUCCACCGCUCAGCUGCGAGUGAAAGCUCGCUCCAUCGGGCUGCUGCGUCCUCUGAAGGACGUCACGGUGACGGCCGGAGAGACGGCGACCUUCGAGUGCGAGCUGUCGUACGAAGGCAUCGUGGUGGACUGGUUCCUGGGGGGGCAGAGGAUGGAGGCCAGUGACCGGGUGAAGACUCGUGUGGCAGGAAAAGUUCACACUCUGACGGUCAGAGAGGUCACGCUGUCGGAGGCCGGAGAAGUCAAACUGACCUCCACCGACUUCCAGACUCAGGCUCAGCUCAUCGUCAGAGAGCCGGCGGUGGAGUUCUCGAAGCCUCUGGAGGACCAGAUGGUGGAGGAGGAAGCGACCGCCACGCUGGAGUGUGAAGUUUCCAGAGAGAACGCAGAGGUCCGCUGGUUCAGAGACGGACAGGAAAUCAGAAAGACCAAGAAGUACGAGAUGAUCGUUGACGGACGCAAGAGAGCGCUAGUGAUCCACGACUGCUCGCCGGACGACGCCAAGAUGUACACGUGUGACGCCAAAGACUUCAAAACCUCCUGCUUCCUGGAGGUUACACCCCCUCAUGUGGAGUUCAUGAAGCCUCUUCAGGAUGUCGAGGUCAAAGAGAAAGAAUCCGCUAAGUUUGAAUGUGAAGUGUCCCGCGAGUCGGCCAAGGUUCGCUGGUUCAAAGACGGCAACGAGAUCAGGAAAGGAAAGAAGUACGAGAUCCUGGCUAAGGGGAUCCAGAGGAUCCUCAUCGUCCACAAGACCGCGUUCGACGACGAGGCCGAGUAUGAGUGUGACGCCAGGACCUCCAAGACCUCCGGCUUGCUCACGGUCAUCGAGGAGGCGGCCUGGUUCACCAAGAACCUGUCCAACGUGGAGGGAACCGAGACCGACAGCGUCAAGAUGAUCUGCGAGGUGUCGAAGGCCGGCGCAGAGGUCACGUGGUUCCGAGGAGACGAGGAGCUGCCGGAGGGAGGACGCUACGAGCAGAUCCUCGACGGACGCAAGAGGAUCCUGAUCAUCCAGGACCUGAGGAUGGAGGACGCAGGAGAGUACACCUGCAGGCUGAGUCCCAGUGCCAAGACGACCGCCACGCUCAAACUCAACGAGCUGGCGGCCGAGUUUAUCGCUCGUCCUCAGAACCAGGAGGCGGUGGAGGGCGAGAAGGCGGAGUUUGCCUGCUCCGUCUCCAAGGAGACCUACGAGGUGAAGUGGUUCAGAGGGGACAAGGAGGUGGAAGCCGGAGACAAGUACGUCAUCGUGAGUGAGGGAAAGAGGAGAGCCCUUAUUGUGAAAAGCUGCGAGCUGAAGGACGAGGGAGGUUACGUCGCCCACAUCGACGGCGUUAAAGCCUCCGCCGAUCUGUAUGUGAUUGAGAAACUGAGGAUCGUCACGCCGAUCAAAGACACGGAGGUGAAGGAAGGAAGUGAGAUCGUCUUCAACUGCGAGACGAACACCGAGGGAGCGAAGGCCAAGUGGCUGAAGAAUGAGGAGACGAUAUUCGAGAGCAGCAAGUACAUGAUGGCUCAGAGGGACAACGUCUUCUCCCUGAGGAUCAGAGACGCCCAGAAGGGAGACGAGGCCUGUUACACCAUCAGCCUGACCAAUCAGAGAGCAGAGCAGGCCAAGUGCACCGCCAGCGUCAGAGUGGCCAAGGAGAAGCUGAGGUUCCUGGAUCCCAUCGAGGACGUGGAGACUCAGGAGAAAAAGACCAUCAGCUUCAGCUGUAAGGUGAACCGACCCGAGGUGACGGUGAAGUGGAUGAAGGCCGGGCAGGAGGUGACACUCAGCAAGCGCGUAGUCUACCGAGUCGACGGCCUCAAGCACACGCUGACCGUCAAGGACUGCGCGAUGGAGGACGAGGGCGAGUACACCGCCGUCGUCGGGGACGACAAGUGCGCCGCCGAGCUGAUCAUCAGCGAGGCGCCGACGGACUUCUCGGCGCAGCUUAAGGACCAGACCAUCACCGAGUUCGAGGACGCCGAGUUCGCCUGCAAACUGAGCAAAGAGAAGGCCGUGGCAAAGUGGUACAGGAACGGACGGGAGAUCAGAGAAGGACCGAGAUAUCACAUGGAAAAAGAAGGCAAGACGUGCAGACUGAUCGUCAAAGUGUGCAGACCGGAUGAUGAAUGUGAAUACGCCUGUGGCGUGGAUGAGAGGAGGACCAGAGCCCGGCUCUUUGUUGAAGAGACCCCGGUGGAGAUCGUCAGACCUCCUCAGGACGCGUUCGAACCUCCGGGCUCCGACAUCGUGUUCGAGGUGGAGCUCAACAAGGACCGGGUGGAGGUGAAGUGGAUGAGGAACAACAUGAUCAUCGUCCAGGGAGACAAAUAUCAGAUGAUCAGAGAGGGUAAAAUCCACAGACUGCAGGUCUGUGAGAUCCGACCACGGGAUCAGGGAGAGUACAGGAUCGUGGCCAAAGACAAGGAUGCCAGAGCCAAGCUGGAGCUGGCAGCUGUUCCAAAGAUCAAAACCACCGACCAGAAUCUGGUAACGGACGCCGGUAAGCCGUUCGUCAUGAGUGUGCCUUAUGACGCCUACCCUCGUGCUGACGCCGAGUGGUUCCACGAGGGUGCCAGUCUGCCCGUCCAGAACAUCGACACCUCCACGGACAAAACCGAGUUCCGCCUGAAGAGCCCCAGCAAGGAGGACCGGGGCCGGUACAAGGUGGUGAUCAAGAACAAGCACGGCGAGGGAGAGGCGUUCAUCAACCUGGACGUGAUCGAUGUCCCCGGACCCGUCAAGAACCUGAGGGUGGUCGACACCGCCGAUGGGGAGGUCAGUUUGGCCUGGGAGGAGCCAGAGAGCGACGGCGGAAGCAAGAUCGUCUCCUACGUGGUGGAGAGACGCGACGUGAAGCGUAAGACCUGGACGCUGGUUACAGACCGUGCUGAUACUCCAGAGUACUGCGUCGGCGGCCUCCAGAAGGACUCCAUGUACCUGUUCAGAGUCUGCGCUCGAAACCGAGUCGGCAGCGGACCCAUCGUCGCCACAGAGGACGCCGUCCAGGCCAAGAACAAGUUUGAUGUUCCAGACGCUCCGGAGAACGUCGCAGUUGGAGGAGUGAACCGGUUCAAUGCCACCGUCACCUGGGAGCCUCCCAGGUACGACGGUGGCUCCGAGAUAACCACCUACGUGAUUGAGCUCCGCGACAGGACCGCCGUGAAGUGGGAGGCAGCCAUGGUCUGUGGCGCUAACGACCUCUCGGCCACGCUGAGCGACGUGGUGGAGACCAAGGAGUACAUCUUCAGAGUCCGGGCCGAGAACAAGGCCGGCAUCGGCAAGCCCAGUGCUGCCACCAAACCCGUCAAGAUCAUGGAUCCAAUCGAGAGGCCAAGCCCACCUCUGAAUCUCAACUUCAGCGACCAAAUCACAACGGCGGUCACACUGACUUGGGAGACACCCACCAACAAUGGUGGCAGCAUGAUCACCGGAUACGUCAUUCAGAAAUGUGACGAUGGCACCGACAAGUGGCUCCGCUGCAACGCCAGACUGUGUCCGGACCUCUCCUACCGGGUGUCAGGUCUGAAACCAGGUCAGAAGUACCUCUACAGAGUCUGUGCCGAGAACGCUGCCGGCUUAUCUGAUCCAGCCGAGCAACUCGGACCGCUUCUCGCCGACGACCCUCACGUCUGCCCAACCUUUGACCUGAGUGGCUUCAGGAAUGGCCUGGAGGUGAUCGUCCCUCAGCCUCUCACCAUCAGAGUCCCCAUCACCGGAUACCCGACACCCAACGCCAAGUGGACCUUCGGAGAGAAGGAGCUGACCGCCGCUGAUGAACGUGUCUGCAUGGUGACGAAGCCCACGUACACGGAGCUGAUUGUGAUGCCGAGCGUCCGCCCAGACAAAGGCACCUACACCCUGCAGCUGGAGAACGACGUCUCGUCGGUCACUGGAGACAUCGAGGUCAACGUCAUCGCAUGCCCUAGUGCUCCUAAGGACUUCAAGGUGGCCGAGGUCAACCGACAUCACGUCCACAUGAUGUGGGAGGCUCCGGAGCACGACGGAGGAAGUCCAGUUACCCACUUCCAGAUCGAGAAGAGAGAAGUGUCUCGCAAGACCUGGGCCAAGGUGGCAACCGGCAUCCUGGACCUGGAGCACACCAUAACAGACGUGGUUGAAGGAAAGGAGUAUCUGUUCAGUGUCACCGCCUGCAACAAGUGUGGACCCGGAGAGCCAGCGUACAUCGACGAGCCCAUCAACGUCUCCUCUCCUGCCACUGUACCCGAUCCUCCUGAGAACCUUAAGUGGCGCGAUAAGAGCGGAAAGACUAUCUUCCUGUCCUGGGAGCCUCCGAAGUACGACGGCGGCGCCCCGAUCAAAGGCUACGUGGUGGACAAGUGUCAGCGUGGUACCGACAAGUGGGAACCCUGCGGUGACCCCAUCCCUGAGAUGAAGUUGCAGGUGACCGGCCUGAUCGAGGGCCAGUGGUACGCCUACAGAAUCAGAGCUUUCAACAAGCUGGGAGCCAGCCGACCCUGCAGGGCUACCGAUGAGAUCCAGGCAGUCGACGCCAGAGAGCCUCCAGAGAUCCAGCUGGAUGUGAAGCUGCUGGCCGGUCUGACCGCCAGGGCCGGUACCAAGAUCGAGCUUCCGGCCGAUGUCAAAGGAAAGCCUGAUCCCCGGGUGAAGUGGACCAAGGCCGACCUGGUCCUCCGGGCAGAUGACCGCAUCACCAUUGACACCCAGCCAGGACACUCUAAGCUGUCCAUAGCCAACACCACGAGAGGAGACACCGCCACCUACAUCAUCGAGGCCGUCAACCCCUGUGGACGCGCCACCGCCACCAUCGACGUCAACAUUCUUGAUAAACCCGGCCCUCCAGCCGCCUUCGACAUCUCCGAGAUUACCAACGAGUCAUGCCUCAUGGCGUGGAACCCCCCCAGGGACGACGGCGGCUCGCCCAUCACCAACUACAUCGUGGAGAGUCGGCUGACGGACAAAGAGGAAUGGGUGAAGAUGUCGGCCACAGUGAAACACACCACGUUCAAGGCCUGCAAGCUCACGGCUCUGAAGGAGUACGUCUUCAGGAUCAGUGCUGAGAACCAGUACGGCAUCGGAGCACCUGCAGAGCAUGUGCCGAUCAUUGCAAAGUAUUCCUUCGAUCCCCCUGGUCCUCCAACCAGAGUCACUCCCUCCGACAUCGCCAAGGACGCCGUGACCCUGACCUGGUUCGAGCCAGAUGAGGAUGGCGGCAGUCCAAUCGUCGGAUACUGGAUCGAGAAGUUCGAUCCGGAGAGCGACAAGUGGAUCAGGUGCAACAAACUGCCCAUCAAGGACACGACCUUCAGGGUGAAAGGACUCCCCACCAAGAAGAAGUACAGCUUCCGUGUUCUGGCUGAGAAUCUAGCUGGACCUGGAAAACCGAGCGUAGAGACCGAUCCGGUCCUCAUCAAAGACCCCAUCGAUCCUCCAUGGGCUCCUGGUAAACCUGUCAUCAGGGACGUCGGCAAGACAACGGCCCUGCUGGCGUGGACCAGGCCGGAGCACGAUGGCGGAGCGAAGAUCGAAGGCUACAUCAUUGAGUUCCAGAAGACGGGAAGCGAAGAGUGGAUCCGCAUCGCGGAGGACGUUCCUCAGACCGAGCACCAGCUGCAGGGCCUGAUACAAAAGCAGGAGUACUCAUUCCGGGUCAAGGCCGUCAACAAGGCCGGCGAGAGCGAAGCCAGCGAGCCCAGUGACCCCGUGGUCUGCAAAGAGAGACUCUAUGCUCCGUCGGCUCCUCAGUGGCUGGAGGUGGCCAACAUCACCAAGGUCAACGCUGACUUGAAGUGGCAGCUCCCCAGCAGCGACGGCGGCUCACCCAUCACCAACUACGUGGUGGAGAAGAGGGACGUGAGGCGGAAGGCCUGGCAGUCCGUAGACACCACUGUCAAGGAGCUGAAGUACACCGUGUCUCCUCUGAACGAAGGGUCGCUCUACGUGUUCCGCGUCGCCGCUGAGAACGCCGUGGGAAUGGGGGAAUUCUGUGAGCUGGAGGACGCCGUGCUCGCCAAAGACACUUUCACAACUCCUGGACCUCCUUAUGCCCUGACGGUAGUGGAGGUCACCAAGAGACACGUGGAGCUGAAAUGGGAAGCUCCCAAGAGCAACGGUGGAAGACCCAUAACCAAGUACGUGAUUGAAAAGAAAGAGAAGCUUGGAACUCGCUGGCUGAAGUGCUGCAAGACUCCGGACAAACAGACUCAGUUCAAGGUGACGGACGUAGACGAAGGCUCCGAGGUUCAGUUCCAGGUCAGAGCCGAGAAUGAGGCCGGAGUCGGAGAUCCGAGUGAACCCACCGAGAUCCUCACCAUCGAGGAUGCAACCAGCGCUCCAUCUCCUCCUCUGGAAGUGACCAUCCCCGACGCCAGUAGGGAGCACAUCAACGUCACCUGGAAGCCUCCAGCCAAAGACGGUGGCUCCCCGAUCACCGGCUACCAUGUGGAGGUGGCCGAGGCCCGUCCGGAGCUGAAGUGGCUCAGGGUCAACAACAGACCCAUCAAAGAGCUCAAUUUCAGAAUUGACGACGGAAUCAAACCAGAGAAGAAGUACGUCAUCAGGGUCCGUGCCAUCAACUCUAUCGGUGUUAGCGAUCCCUCCGAGAUCUCUGACAAGGUCUUCACCAAGGAUCCCGACUGUGCUCCAACCAUGAAUUUGGAGGCGCAGGACGUGGUCGUGGUUGAAGGCGAGAAGCUGCACCUGAACAUCCCUUACAGGGCGAUCCCCACGCCCAAGAUGGUUUGGCAGAAGGACACGGUGGAGUGUAAGGCCGACGACCGGCUCUCCAUGACUGUGGAGAUGAACAACGCUCACCUGGAGCUGCUCAAGUGCAGACGUGCCGACGCCGGCACCUACGCCAUCACUCUGGAGAACAACCUGGGAACCGCCACCGGAAACGUGAAUGUCAAAGUCAUCGGACUCCCCAGUCAGUGUAAAGACAUCACCUCCGGCGACGUCACCAAGAAGUCCUGCCAGAUCAGCUGGGAGCCCCCGGAGGACGACGGUGGCACCCCGAUCGUCAGCUACACCCUGGAGCGCCGCGAAGCCUCCAAGAAGACCUACAUGCCCGUCACAUCGGGAGAGAACGUCCUGACCUGCACCGUCAAAGACCUCUACGUCAAUUGCGAGUAUUACUUCAGAGUGAAGGCCGUCAACAAGGUUGGAGCCGGAGAAAAUCUGGAGCUACGCAACCCGGUCAUCACAGAGGAAGUCAAACAGAAACCCGACCCCCCCAUCCAGGUGGAGGCUCAAGACCCGACAUCCAAGUCCAUCAAAGUCACCUGGAAGGCUCCGGACUGCGACGGCGGCUGUCCUAUCCAGGGCUACAUCGUGGAGAAGAUGGAGAAAGAUGGUGACCGCUACGAGAGGGUCACCCCGAGCCUGGUCCCCGGUUUCUCCUACGUGGUGACAGGCCUGACUGAGGAAGUGGAGUACCAGUUCAGGGUCCGAGCCGAGAACGCCGCUGGAGUCAGCGAGCCGUCCCGCAGCACACAGCUCAUGAAGGCUGCAGACCCCGUCGACAAACCGAAGGUUAUGCUCCACGCUCGUGUGCAGUCCGGUCUGUGCAUUAAGAAGGGCGAGGAGAUCCGCAUCGAUGCCUACAUCUCCGGCUCUCCGUAUCCCAAAGUCAGCUGGCUGAGGAACAACGAGGACGUCACCAAAGAGCCAACCAAGAAGGUUAUCCCAAUAGUCAAGAAGAAGAAGAAGAAGACGGGGGCCAAGGUUUCUGACCCAGAGGAGGAGUUUGUAACUCCGAUGCGUGAGCGUCUGGGUCUGGAUCAGACCCAGAGGGGUCGGUCUGCACUGAUGAUCCGCGACGCCGUCAGGGUCGACCACGGCAACUUCACCAUCCAGGUGGAGAACACGCACGGUUUCGCCACUGCCUGCUGCUUCGUCAACGUCCUCGACAAACCCGGCGCUCCGAUCAACUUCACCUUCGACGACAUAAGGAACACCUCGGUCGUCUGUAACUGGGAGCCUCCGGAGGACAACGGAGGCAGCGAGAUCCUGAACUACAUGCUGGAGAAGAAGGACAACAAGAACGAGGAGGUUGGCUGGAUCACCGUCACCUCCACACUGAAGGGCACCAGCUGCCCCAUCACCAAACUCAUUGAAGGGAAGGAGUACAUCUUCAGGGUCACCGCCGAGAACAAAUUUGGCUGCGGGCCGCCGUGUGUGUCCGACCCGCUGGUCGCCAAGAACCAGUUCGAUCCUCCUGACGCUCCCAACACCCCCAGAGUCCACGAGGUGAUGGCGAGCUCCGCCCACAUCUCCUGGCACGAGCCGAAGGACAACGGCAGCCCGAUCCUGGGCUACUGGAUCGAGAGGAAGGAGGUGAAUAGCAAACACUGGACCCGAGUUAACCGAGUCCUCCUUAACUCUCUGGAUGUGAAGGUCAGCGGCCUCAUGGAGGGACUCACCUACAUCUUCAGAGUUUGUGCCGAGAACCUGGCCGGGCCCGGGCCCUUCAGCGAGCCCACCGACCGCACCGUCGCCAUGGACGCCAUCCUGCCUCCUGGCCCCCCCACCCCAUGGAUCGUGGACACUGGGAAGGAUUCAGUCAUCGUGGCCUGGAAGCCCCCUCUGUACAACGGCGGAGGAGACAUCCUGGGAUACCAUCUUGAGAAGGUUUUGGCUGGAGAGAAGGAGUGGACUCGCAGCACAGAGUUCAGGUGUAAAGAGCUGACGUAUACGGUGACCGGUCUGACAGAGGGAGCGGAUUAUUACAUCCGCGUCAUCGCCAUCAACGAUGCCGGACCUGGAGCUCCCGGUGUGACUGAACCCGUCACCGUGAAAGAGCCUGAAGAACCUCCCGCUGUCGACUUCGACUCCUCCGUGAAGAACGGCGUUACGAUCAAGGCCGGUGAGCUGCUGAGGCUUCCCGCCGUGGUGACCGGCCGACCCCAGCCCGAAGUCAAGUGGGUCAAAGACGAAGCAGAGAUCGACAAAGAGCGCAUGAUCGUGGAGACGGAGGGCAAGAACACCGCUCUGUUCAUCAAGAAGGCCAUGAGGGCAGAUCACGGGAAGUACCAGGUCUCCGGUACCAAUGGAAGCGGGACCAAGACCGCCGAGACCAGAGUGGACGUCAUGGACGUCCCCGGACCGGUGGUGGACCUGAAGACGGUGGUGGUGACCAAGAAGAAAAUCACCCUCACCUGGUCCGACCCCUUGGAUAACGGCGGCAGUGAGAUCUUCGGCUACGAGGUGCUGAGGAAGGACGCCAAGAUGAAACUCUUCCGCCAGCCAAUCGAGACGGCGUCCUGCAAGUGCGAAAUUCUGGACCUGCUGGCCGGCGAGGAGUACGACUUCAGGGUUGUCGCCAGGAACAAGUACGGCGACGGAGCUCCGGCCGACCUGGGACCCAUCCUGGCAGAGGAUCCCAAAGGUACUCCAUCUGCUCCUGAGAAGCUGCACUACACCGACAGAGGCAAGAGCACCAUCACCUUGGCCUGGCAGCCGCCUCGCACCGAUGGCGGCUGCCCCAUCCUUGGCUACCUUGUGGAGAAGAUGAGGUCGGAUGGCACCGAGUUCGAAGUGGCGAACCGCAAGCUCUUCGCCAAGUGCUGCGGGACCAUCGAGAACCUGUCGGAGAACCAGGAGUACCAGUUCCGAGUCAAAGCCGUGACCGAGAUCGGGGACGGAGAUCCCUCCAAGCCCAUCACCGCCAAGAUCCAAGACGAUGAGAUUUCUCCAGUUAUAACCAUCCUGAAGUUCUUCAAGAGCAACGCCAUAAACGUGAGGAAAGGCUCUGCCAUCGACAUCCCGGCGGAGGUGAAGGGACUUCCUCUGCCGACGCUCCAGUGGAUGAAGGACAACGUGGCGAUUGAGAAACCUGAAAACGAAGAGAAGAUGACGAUGGAGGCUGAAGAGGUGACCCGGACCACUCUGAGGACUAAGAUCGCCUUCCCAGACACCAUCAGGCAGGACAAGGGCAACUACAAGCUGGUGGCUGAAAACUGCUUCGGCAAAGCUGAGCACGUCAUCCGGGUCGAGAUCCUCGACCGUCCUCUUCCUCCGAGGAACAUCGUGGUCUCGGACAUCAAGGCCGACUCGUGCUAUCUGACCUGGGACCCCCCGGAGGACAACGGGGGUAGCGAGAUCACCAACUACAUCGUGGAGCGCAGGGACGCCAGCAAGAAGAAGUCAGACUUCGAGGUCCUGACCAUCAACCUCAUCGACAGGAGAUACGGGGUCUACAAACUGAACUUGAACGGAGCCUACCAGUUCAGGAUCAAAGCCGUGAACAAGUACGGUUUGAGCGAAGGCUGCGACUCGGAGAAAGUCCAGCUCGGGGACCCGUUUGGCCUCCCCGGACCUCCGCGUAACCCCAAAAUCAUCGCGGCUACGGCGACCACCAUGACCCUGACCUGGGACCCUCCUCUGGACAACGGCGGCUCCACCAUCCAGGGCUACUGGCUGGAGAAGAGAGAGCGCGGCGCUGUGUACUGGGGCCGCGUGAACCGAGCUUCGAUCACCAAGCCGUCGGUGAAAGGCCUCGAGUACACCGUGCUCAAGCUCAUUGAAGGAUCCGAGUACCAGUUCAGGAUCGCAGCCUGCAACGCUGCAGGAGUCGGACCGCCAUGCGAGUCCAGCGAGUGCCGCUUCGCCGUGGAUCCAUGCAAACCUCCCACCCCUCCUGGGUACCCCGAGGUUAAAGACAAGACCAAGAGCAGCAUCACGCUCACCUGGAACCCGCCGGACAGAGAUGGCGGCAGCCCCAUCAAGGGUUACAUCAUCGAGGUUCACGAGGAGGGCUCUCCUGAUUGGAGGAGGGUGAACCCCGCCGACAAGCUCCAACCGUCAACCGAAAUCACCGUGCCGGACCUGAAGGAGGGCAAGAAGUGCAAGUUUAGGAUCUACGCGGUGAACGCCGCCGGAAACUCAGAGCCCGCCAAGACGGGAGACAUCCUGGUUGAGGACAUCCUGAUCGAGCCGUUGAUGUCUCUGGACGUCAACGCUCAAGAUCUGAUGAACUGCAGAGCCGGAACCCCCAUCAGGAUUCCUGUCACCGUCACCGGACGACCCGUUCCCAAAGUCACCUGGACCUUCGACGGAACCGCCGAGACCGAGAAGAAGAACGAUCUCCACACGCUGCCCGUCGACUCCGAGAUCCAGUCCACCGACACGACCUCAGUGGUCCUGAUCCCAGAGAGCAAACUCAACCACAGCGGCCGAUACAUCAUCAACGCAGAGAGUGUUGCCGGACACAAGGUGGUGAAAGUCAGAGUCAACGUGCUCGACCUCCCCGGACCUCCGAGAGACCUGAAGGUCAGCGACGUGACGAGAGGAACCUGCCGACUCACCUGGAAACCUCCGGCGAGCGACGGAGGAGAGAGAGUGAAGAGCUACUUCAUCGAGAAGAAGACGGUGGAUGGCAAAGCCUGGACCAAGGUGAACCCGGCGUGUGCUGCUCAGUCCCUGGUGGUUCCAGACCUGAUCAACGGUCAGGAGUACCUGUUCCGCAUCCGGGCUGAGAACCACUUCGGGUUCGGCCCGCUCAUUGAGACCAUCGAGGGCACCAAAGCCAGAGAUCCAAUCCAUCCUCCAGAUCCUCCCACCAGGCUGAAGAUCCAGAGCGUGAGGAAAGGCUCAGUGAAGUUGGCCUGGAAGGCUCCAAAGAACGACGGCGGUUCACCCGUCACCCACUACAGCGUGGAUCUGCUCUGCUGGGAGGCCAGCAGCGCCCAGAAGGAGUCCUGGAGGAGGUGCAACCGGAGGGACGUGGACAGCACCAGCUACAAGGUGGAGGACCUGACGGAGGGAGACGAGUACGAGUUCAGGGUGGUGGCCUACAACGAGGCCGGACCCAGCCGACCGUCCACCACCGUUGGACCCAUCGUCGUCCAGGACCAGACCUGCGCUCCGUCCAUCGAGCUGAAGGAGUUCAUGGAGGCCGAGCAAGGCUCCGACAUCAGCAUCGUGGCCACGCUCCGCGGCUGUCCGUUCCCCACGCUCACCUGGUACAAGGCUCCGCCCCACAAGUCUGACGACAAGGCGGAGGUCCAGUACGACGAGCACAUCAACAAGAUGGUGUCCGACGACAGCUGCACGCUGCUCAUCCAGCAGGGCAAGCGGCCCGACACCGGCCUCUACACGCUGGUGGCCUCCAACAGCCUCGGCAAGGCCUCCAAGGAGAUGAGGCUCAACGUGCUCGGCCGACCCGGUCCUCCCUCUGCUCCCAUCAAGUUCGAGGAGAUCGGCGCCGAGAGGAUUACGCUGUCCUGGCUGCCUCCGAAGGACGACGGCGGCUCCAAAGUCACAAACUACGUGAUCUGGAGGCGCGUCGCCAGCAGGAAGACCUGGGUCCCCGUCACCAACGAGCCCAAAGACCGGAUCUGGACGGUGGAGAGUCUGAUGGCCGGACACGAGUACGUGUUCCGGAUCAUGGCCCAGAACAAAUACGGAGUCGGAGAGCCGCUGGACAGCGAGCCCGAGGUCGCCAGAAACCUCUACACCGUCCCCGGUCAGUGUGAGAAGCCGACGGUCGCCGGCAUCACGAUGGACUCCAUGACGGUCAGCUGGGAGGAGCCCGAGGACGACGGUGGCACGCCGAUCAGCGGCUACUGGCUGGAGCGUAAAGAGACGACGGCCAAACGCUGGACCCGCGUCUCCCGAGACCCCAUCCGUCCAAUGGGCAUGGGAGAGUCGUUCGUGGUCAGCGGACUGAUUGAGGGCUCACAGUACCUGUUCAGGGUAUCCGCCAUCAAUGCCGCAGGACCGGGACCUGCCAGCCCCCCCACAGACCCCAUCUUCGCCAGAGACCCCAUCUCCCCGCCCUCUCCUCCGACCCCAAAGGUUUCUGAUUGGACCAGGUCCACGGUGGACCUUGAGUGGAUCCCUCCUCUGAAGGACGGAGGCUCCAAGAUCAUCGGAUACUGGGUGGAGUACAAGGAGGAGGGCACAGAGGCCUGGGUCAAGGCCAAGGAAACGGAAAUCCGUGGCACCCGACUUGUGAUCGCUGGUCUGAAGACUGGCGGCAAAUACAAGUUCAGGGUGACUGCGUUCAAUGCUGCCGGUAACGGAGAGCCAGGAGAAGUCCCAGAGGUCCUGGAGGUCAACGACAGAAACAUUCCCCCUGAGCUCGACCUGGACGCCUCCGUGAAGGAGCGGAUGGUGGUCCAUGCCGGCGGUGUGAUCCGAAUCAUCGCCUACGUGUCGGGCCAGCCGACCCCGGAGGUCACCUGGAGCAGAGACGGAGCCGCGCUGCCUCCCGAGGCCAAAGUGGAGACGACAGCCAUCAGCUCGUCUCUGGUGAUCAAACCCUGCACCAGGAGGCACCUCGGCGUUUACACGCUGACCGCCAAGAACGCUGGAGGGGAGAAGACGAAGAACAUCACCGUGGAAGUUCUGGACGUCCCCGGGGCCGUCGGCAUCCCCUUCACCGCAGAGAACCUGACCACCGACUCCUGCAAGCUUAACUGGUUCUUCCCUGAGAAUGACGGUGGCUCUCCCAUCAGCAACUACGUCAUCGAGAAGCGAGAGGCCGAGCGCAAGGCCUGGACGUCGCUGUCCUUCACUGCCAGCCGACAAAACGCUGUGGCUCACGGCCUCACCAUCGGAAAGUCCUACUUCUUCAGAGUGGCCGCGGAGAACGCCAUUGGCGUCGGACCCUUCAUGGAGACCGCAGCCGAGCUCAUUGUCAAGGAACCAAUCAGUGUUCCUGACCGCCCCGAGGAGCUCGAGGUCACCAAGGUCACCAAGGAUUUGAUCAGCGUCACCUGGAAGGCGCCCAAGUUUGACGGCGGCUCAGAGAUCACCAUGUACAUCCUGGAGGCGCGUAUGAUCGGUAAAGACAAGUUCACCAGAGUGACGAAGGAGACGCUGAUGGAGAGGAAGUACACCUACGACGGCCUGAGGGAGGGAGAGACCUACGAGCUCAGGGUCCUCGCCGUCAACGAAGUCGGACCCAGCAAGCCGUCGUUCUCCACCAAACCGAUCACCUGCAAGGACGAACUGGAGCCGCCAACCAUCGAACUGGACUUCCGCGAUAAGAUCAUCAUCCGUGUGGGAGAGAGCUGCCUGCUGCAGGGCCGCUACACCGGCAAACCAUCCCCGUCCAUCAUGUGGUACCGAGACGACGAGGAGCUGAAGGCGGACAGACAUGUCAUGUUCAAGAACACGCUGACCACCAUGUCGCUCGGCCUGAUGAAGGUAGAGCGCGAGCACAGCGGCAGAUACGUGGUGGUAGUGGAGAACAGCACCGGAUCCAGGAAGGGAGUCAGCAACAUCACGGUUGUCGACCGUCCAACUCCUCCUGUUGGCCCAGUGGUGUUUGAGGAGGUGCACAGGGAGUACAUGGUGGUCUCCUGGAAACCUCCUCUGGACAGCGGCGGCGUCGACGUCUCCAACUAUAUCAUCGAGAAAAGAGACACCAACAGAGAAGCAUGGACCAUGGUCACGUCUGCCUCCACCAAGACCAUAUGCAAGAUCCCCAAGCUCACGGAGGGCAGGGAGUACAUCAUGAGGAUCUUUGCUGAGAACAUGUACGGCAUCAGUGACCCUCUGGAGUCCGAGGAGAUGAGAGCCAAAGAUCUCUUCAGAGUUCCUGAGGCCCCUGAGAUGCCCACAGUCAGGGAGGUGUACGCCACCAAUGCUCUGGUGCUGUGGAACCGGCCUCGCGACGGCGGGAAGCCCAUCACCAACUAUGUCCUUGAGAAGAAGGAGCCCACUGCAAAGAGGUGGUCCAGAGCCACCAGAGACCCACUGUACCCGGCCACUCAGUACCGAGUCCAGGACCUGGUCGAGGGCUGCGAGUACGAGUUCAGAGUGAUGGCUGAGAACGAGCUCGGAACCGGAGACCCAAGUGUCCCCUCCAAACCCAUCCUCGCCAAAGAUCCCAUCGUGCGUCCCAGCCCUCCAGUGACCCCCGAGGCCGACAAUAAGACCAAAGACUCCGUCAGCCUGAAGUGGAAGUUGCCCCGUCAUGAUGGGAAGGGCCGGAUCUUCGGCUACCUCGUCGAGUACCAGAAGCCCGGUGCCGUGGAGUGGAAUCCGGCCAACGAGACCCCAGAGCAGUGCCCAGACCUCCACUACGUGGUGACGGGCCUGGCCGAUGGACAGGACUACAACUUUAGGAUCUUCACCGUCAAUGCCGCCGGCAAAUCUGACCCUGCAUAUGUGAAACAGACCAUCAAAGUCCAUGACAGACUGGAGGAGCCGGAGUUGCUACUGGAUGCCAACAUGGCACGCGAUCACCUGGCCAUGCUGGGCACUGAUAUCACCCUGAGCGCCACCAUUAAGGGAGUACCAACGCCCACCGUCAGCUGGAAGAAGAAUGACGGUGACGUUCCUUCUCACAUCACCGUCGCUGUCACCACCACCAACAGUAAAGUCUUCAUCCCCAAGAGCGUCCGGGCCGACUCUGGCAACUACACCAUCACUGUGGAGAAUGCUGCUGGAAAGAAAUCAGCAACCGUUGCCGUACUUGUUCUGAACAAGCCGUCUCCUCCCAGAGACCUGGUGAUCUCUGAAAUAAACAGUGAGUCUGCCUACCUGACAUGGAAGAUUCCCGAAGACAAUGGCGGUGCCGUCAUCUCCCACUACGUCGUGCAUAAGAAGGACGUGGCCGCCGAGCAGUGGGUUCCCGUCGCUGCAUCCAAUAAGAAGCUGAGUCUGAUGGCCAUGUACUUGAUGGAAGGAAUCCAGUACCUGUUCAGGGUGGCUGCUGAGAACCAGUUUGGCAGGAGUGACUAUGUGGUGACCAGGUCACCCAUCAAGGCUCUUGAUCCUCUCUAUCCUCCUGGCCCACCCAAAAACCUGCACCACACUGAUGCAGACAAGACAGAGGUGUGGUUGGCAUGGGAGUGGCCCGACCGCACCGGUGGAAGUGAAGUCACCGGCUUCAUUGUGGAGCACCAGGAAGAGGGACAGACUGACUGGGUCACAUUCAAGACUGUCAGCAACAACCAUGCCCACGUCACUGGUCUGGUGGAGGGCAAGACUUACCGCUUCAGGGUCAAGGCUCAGAACAACAUCGGUGUGAGCAGUCCUGACACCAGCGUCCCUGUCACCUGUCAGGAAAAAACAUUGCCACCAACUAUUGAAGUUGAUGUGAAGCUUAUUGAGGGUCUUGUUGUCAAAGCUGGUACAGCUAUUGCCCUUCCAGCCAAGAUGACAGGCAUUCCCAUUCCCACUGCCAAAUGGAUGACCGAUGGCAAGGAAAUCACAUCUGAGGGCCGCCAUAACAUUGAGACAGCUGGAUAUUCUACCAUCCUCGGUAUCCCUGAGACCCAGAGAGGAGACACCGGAGAGUACACACUCACUGUGGCCAAUCCUGCAGGUAGCAAGACCGUUGCCCUGCAUGUCACGGUGCUGGAUCUUCCAGGUCCACCCAUUGGACCCAUCAAUAUCUUGGAGGUUACCCCUGAUUAUAUGAUAAUCCAAUGGAGGGCACCCAAAGAUGAUGGUGGCACACCCAUCACCAGCUACGUGGUGGAAAAGAAGGAUGUGAAGAAGUCUUGGGAGCCCUGGUCUGUUGUUAGCUCCAGCGGCACCAGCACCAAGGCUAAGGUGUCCAGGCUGGAGAAGGGUCGUGAGUACAUUGUCCGUGUCCGUGCAGAGAACAAGAUUGGCUUCGGCGAAGGGCUUGAGAGUCCUCCCACUAUUGCCAAACACAUGUUUAACCCUCCUGGUCCACCAGGCCCGCCAGAGUGCUCUGAUAUCACUGAAAAUGCUGUGACAGUGGAAUGGACCCUGCCUGACUAUGAUGGAGGCAGCCCCAUCAGUGGAUAUGUAAUUGAACGCAGAGAAAUGACAGGAAAGUGGAUCCGUGUCAACAAAACACCGGUGCUGGACCUCAGAUACAGAGUCUCAGGCCUGUUUGAAGGCAACAGCUACGAGUUCAGAGUAUUUGCUGAGAACGUUGCUGGUAUUAGCGGGCCCUCUCCCACCUCUGACGCCAUCAAGGCCACUCGUGCCAUCACCAAACCCGGACCCCCUGGCAAUCUGAAAUUGAAAGACUGGAGCAAGUCCUAUGCUGACAUCUGCUGGACCAAGCCUACAAGAGACGGAGGCAGUCCUAUUCUGGGCUAUGUUGUUGAGGUUCAGAAGUCAGGAUACGCUCAGUGGGACAGAAUCAACAAGAAUCUUAUCAAGAUGUGUGCCUACAGAGUGCCAGGCCUCAUUGAAGGAAUGGAGUACAGGAUUCGCAUCAGAGCCACUAACAAGGUUGGAGACAGUGAACCCAGGGAGCUGGCUGAGACUGUCUUAGCAAAGGACAUCCUGGUGCCCCCUGAUGUCGUUGUCGACACAUCCUGCCGUGACUCUCUGACUGUCAGGGCAGGUCAGAUCAUAAGUUUGAUCACUAGAGUGAAAGGCAGACCAGACCCAGAGAUCACAUGGACCAAGGAUGCCAGAGUCAUAUCCCGGGACAAGCGCAUUGAGAUGAAAAACAACUACCCUCUGUGUGAACUGGUCAUCAGCGAUGCCGUCAGGUCAGACUACGGUAAAUAUGCCAUCAACGCCAAGAACAGUAGUGGACAGGCACAAGCCACCAUUAUUGUCAAUGUCCUGGACACACCAGGGGCUUGCCAGAACCUGAGAGUGGCUUAUGUGACCAAGAACUCCUGCAUGGUUUCCUGGGAGAACCCUGAAGACAACGGAGGCACUGAGAUCAACCAGUACAUUAUUGAGUGCCGUCAGCCCAGCCAGAGAGGAUGGACUGUGGUGUCCAAUGACUGCACCAAGCGCCAAAUGAAGGCCCCUCUUACUGAGGGCUGUGAAUACUUCUUCCGUGUCAGUGCAGAGAACAAGAUUGGUGCUGGUCCAGCCAUUGAAACCAAGACACCUGUGCUGGCAGUUGAUCCCAUUGAGAAGCCUGGUGAACCCAUUGACUUCCAAAUCUCUGAGAUUGGCAAGACCUUCUGCUUCCUCAAGUGGAGGAAGCCAGACUAUGAUGGAGGUAGUCGUAACCUGGGUUAUCAUGUUGAGAAGAAACCAAAGGAGGCUGAGGAGUGGGAGAGGCUACAUAAGGGUGCUAUCAAGGAGACUUACUUCAUGGCCGACAGGUGCAUCGAAAACCAGCUCUAUCAAUUCAGAGUUCAGACUAAGAAUGAGGGAGGCGAGAGUAACUGGGUGACCACACCUGAAGUCCUGGUUAAGGAACAGCUUGUGGAGCCUGAAAUCAAGAUAAAACUGGAUGGAACACUCGUGGUCAAGGCAGGAGACUGCAUUCCUAUUGAGGCAACAGUGAAGGGCAAACCACAGCCUGAUGUCAAAUGGACCAGAGAUGAGCGCACAGAUGAGAUAAGAAGGGGCCCCAGGCUUCAGAUCGAAACUGGUGCUGACUUCUCAAAGCUGCUGCUUACCGGUGCCAGGCGCACUGACAGUGGUAAAUAUGUUGUUACUGCCUCAAACGCUGCAGGAACCAGUUCUGCUCAUGCUAAGGUCAAUGUACUGGAUAGACCCGGCCCCAUCAGCGACCUCAAGGUGUCUGGUAUCACCAUCGACAGAUGCCAUUUGGCAUGGGAAAUCCCAGAGGAUGAUGGUGGCUGCGAUAUCUACAACUACAUUAUUGAGAAAUGUGAGACCAAGAGGGGAGUCUGGUCGGUCCACUCCAAUGCUGUCAUCACCAAUAAAGCUAACGUCACCCGUCUCAUUGAGGGUAAUGAGUAUAUAUUCAGAGUACGUGCUGAGAAUAAGAUGGGUCCUGGCCCUGCAGUGCAGAGUGAAGCCAUUGUCGCCGGCACCCAGUUCAGUGUACCUGACGCUCCUGAGGCACCAGAUGUCACCAAGAUUGCCAAGGAAGAGAUGACUGUGCAAUGGUCAGAGCCCGAGAGAGAUGGUGGAAAGUCAAUCACAGGGUAUCUGUUGGAGAAGAGGGAAGAGCAUGCCGUUAGGUGGUCGCCUGUCAAAAAGGAUCCGAUCCCUACAACUCGUUUCACAGUUGCUGGACUCCUGCCCCUCCAUGACUACCAGUACAGAGUCAAGGCUGUCAAUGAAAUUGGCAUUGGAAGCCCAAGUAAGCCUUCACGUGCCAUCACUGCCAAGGACACAGUUGAGCCUCCUGCACCUCCUACCAACAUGAAGGUCCUGGACAGCACCAAGUCCUCCAUCACCCUGGGCUGGACCAAGCCUGUAUCCGAUGGUGGAGCUCCCCUCAUCGGCUACGUUGUGGAGAUGAGGGCGCAGGGAAGUGCCAAGAAAGGAGAUGAUGGUUGGAAGAGGUGCAACGUGGCAGCUCAGCUGGUCAUGUGCGAGUUCACAGUCUCAAGUCUGGAUGACCAGCUUGUGUAUGAGUUCAGAGUGUCAGCUCAGAACCAGGUGGGCAUGAGCCUGCCCUGUGACCUGGAGGGUGGUGUGAUCCCCAGGGAGAUUCUAGAGGCACCAGAGUUUGACUUGGACGCAAAUUUGAAACAGGGCCUGACGGUGAGAGCCGGUUGUCCCAUCAGACUAUGCGCCACCAUCAGGGGUAGACCACCUCCCACGGUCACUUGGAGGAGGAUGGGUAUUGACAACGUGAUCAGGAAGGGAAAAGUCGACAUCAUUGACACCAUGACUUUCCUGGUCAUCCCCGACAGCACCCGCGAUGACUCUGGCAAAUACUGCCUGACACUUCGCAAUCCUGCCGGAGAGAAGGCUAUGUUUGUCAACGUUAAGGUUCUGGACACUCCGGGACCUGUGAUGAAUCUGGAAGCUACCGACAUCAAACAGACAUCAGCCAUGCUGUCCUGGAGUCCUCCAGAGGUCGACGGUGGCAGCGAAGUCACUCACUACAUUGUUGAGAAGCGCGAGAUCGACCGCAAGACGUGGGCAACUGUCAAGGCCGAAGUUGAGAAGGAUAAGAUUCCCUUCAAAGUCAGCGGUCUCAUGCCAGGCACCGAGUACUACUUCAGAGUCACAGCAGUCAACGAGUAUGGUUCUGGAGUUCCUAAGGUGUCACCCACUUCCUACCUGGCCUCUGAUCCUGUCAGCAAGCCCGAUCCUUGUGAGAAGAUUGAGGUUCUGGAGAUCACUAAGAACAGUGCCACAGUUGGCUGGGUGAAGCCCGCAAGAGAUGGUGGUGCCAAGAUUGAUGGUUAUGUCAUUGAAUACAUCGAGGUCAAACCUCCUCCAGAGCCUCCAGCACCUGUGGAGGUUCCAGAGGGAGAGCAAGCUCCUCCACCACCUCCACCGCCUCCCGUGGUAGAGGAGGAUGUAGAACCUGUAAGAGAAGUGUGGAACGCCUACACUACAGUGAAAGGUUUGACAAUCAGCAUCAGCGGCCUGAAGGAGGGCAAGAGGUACAAGUUCAGAGUGGCUGCUAAGAACAUCAUGGGCCAGAGCUCGUUCACUGAGACCAGGCAGCCAAUCGAGAUCAAGGAACAGAUGUUGGAGCCAAAGAUCGUCAUGCCAGAGACAGUGAGCGCCAAAGCCAGAGCCAAGCUCAGAGUGGAGGCGCUGGUUUCCGGAAAACCCACUCCGACCUGCAAGUGGAUGCGUGGUGAGGAUGCAGUGGUCCCGUCCAGCCGUCUGGCCGUGCACCAGUCUGGCAGCAUAUGUGUCCUGAUCAUCAAAGACGUGUCAAGGACUGACAGCGGAGAGUACAGCCUGGUGGCUGAGAACAGCUCCGCAAAGGUGGUAGAGUCUCUGAAGAUGAUCAUUAGAGACAUCCCCGGUGCUCCCGAAGGCCCCGUAGAGAUCAGCGACAUCGACUCCGACGCCUGCUCCCUGUCCUGGCACAAACCACUGGAGGACGGAGGCAGCAAUAUCACCAACUAUGUGGUGGAGAAAUGCGAUGUGACUAGAGGCGACUGGGUGAUGGCAACCUCUUCUGGUCAGAAAACCAGUUGCAGGCUUGGGAAACUCGUCCCUGGGAAGGAGUAUGCGUUCCGUAUCCGUGCUGAGAACCGCUUCGGGGUGUCAGACCCUAUUCAGUCUGACAGGAUGGUUGCAAAGUUCCCCUUCGAUGUUCCGAGUGAGCCUCUCAACUGUCGUAUAAACAAGACCAACAAGGACUGUAUGUUUGUUGCCUGGGAUAAGCCCGAGAGCGACGGCGGCAGUCCCAUCACAGGUUACUACAUCGAGCGUAAGGAGAGGAACAGCCUGCUGUGGGUGAAGGCCAACGACAAUGUAGUACGCACCACUGAGUACCCAUGUGCUGGCCUCAUCGAGGGCCUGGAAUACACUUUCAGAGUGUCCGCCAUCAACCGUGCUGGCCAGGGCAAACCAAGCAAGAAGACCGACUUUGUCACGGCUAGAACGCCUGUUGAUACUCCAGGUAAACCUGAGAUCCUGGAUGUUACCAAGAGCUCGGUCACUCUGGUUUGGACCCGUCCCAAGAAUGACGGCGGAAGCAAAAUCAUUGGCUACUACGUUGAGGCCAUGCGGGUGCCAGGAGACUUCUGGAUACGUUGCAACACCAGCAGCCAGAAUGUCCCAAGAGAGGAGUACACGGUGACUGGUCUGGAGAGAGACUUGCAGUACCAGUUCAGAGUCAUCGCCAAAACCGCUGUCAAUAUAAGCAAACCCUCUGAGCCCACAGACCCUGUCUUGGUCUGUGCUGAGAAUGUUCCUCCGAGGGUGGAGGUCAACGCUAAGAUGCAGAAAGGUUUGAAGGUGAAGGCCGGAGCCACAAUCCUCCUGGAGGCCGAGGUGUUCGGUAAGCCGAUGCCCAGAGUGACGUGGAAGAGAGCUGAUGACAGCCUGAAAUCAGGUGAAGGACAGAUCAUCACCCACGAGAGGAAUCGCUUCCAGCUGGAGAUGUCGGCGGUCAUGAAGGAGCACACAGGAACAUACACCAUCCUGGCCGAGAACGCUAGUGGCUCCAAGACUGCCGAAAUCCAGGUCAACGUGCUGGAUGUGCCUGGCCCUCCUGCCAGUGCCAAAUGUGUUGAGGUGUUUGCCACCAGAAUCAAGAUGUCCUGGGAGCCUCCUCUGAAGGACGGUGGCGCUCCCAUUAGCAACUACAUUGUGGACAAGCGUGAGACCAACAGAGCCAACUGGGCCCAGGUCUCCGCCAAGAUCAAAGGCGAUGUCCUUGAGUUAAAUGUGGAGAAGCUGAUUGAGAGUCACGAGUACCAGUUCCGAAUCCGUGCUGAGAACACAUGGGGAGUCGGAGACCCCCUCAUCACCAACCCCGUCAUCGCCAAGAACCCAUUCACUGUCCCAGGCCCUUGUGAGGCCCCAGUGAUCACCAAUGUGACCAGACAUCGUAUGACAGUGAGUUGGAAGGAGCCUGCCGAUGAUGGAAAGUCCACCAUCCUGGGCUACAUGCUGGAAAAGAAAGAGGUCAAGGACAUAAACUGGACCAAAUUUACUAGGAAGCCCAUGACAGAGAGGAGCCUGGAAGUCACAGGCCUCACAGAGGGAGCCGACUACGAGUUCAGAGUCCGUGCCGUCAACGUGGCAGGAGAGGGCAAACCCAGCGAGCCCUCUGCUGGCACCACUGCACAGAAUCCUAUCACUCCUCCUGGCCCUGUUGUGAACCCCAGUGUGACAGACACAACCAACAGCACCAUCAGCCUCACCUGGACCGCGCCCGCCAACAAUGGUGGAAGUCCCAUCCUUGGAUACUUGGUGGAGUGCAAGAGGACCGACACCACAGACUGGAUCCGUUGCAACGUCCCCAGGAACCUGCAGGACACCAGCUACACCAUCCAGAACCUCAUUCACAAGGCCGAGUACCAGUGCCGAAUCACUGCUGUCAACAAGGUCGGCUUCAGCGAGCCAGUUGAAGUACCCGGCAAGCAUGUUGCCAAGGACAUCAUGAUUCCUCCCGAGGCAGAGCUGAGUGCGCAGCUGAAGGAAGGCCUGGAGCUGCGUGCUGGUGCCACCAUGAGGCUGCAUGCCAUCAUCAAGGGCACUCCCAUUCCCAAGAGCACCUGGGCAAAGAUGAACACCAACAUCAAGGACCGCCUGGGCGUUGUCAUAAAAUCCACCAACACUGACUCCCUGGUGGUGGUGGAGAAUGUCAACAGAUAUGAUGCUGGCAAAUACAUUCUGAGCCUGGAGAGCUUGGCUGGCAUAAAGGUGUACACCGUUGUGGUCAAGGUUAUUGAUACUCCCGGACCACCAGUCAACCUGAUGGUGAAGGAGUCAAACAAAGACAGCGCCUCCAUCUACUGGGACAUUCCUCUGAUUGACGGUGGCUUUGAAAUCACCCACUACAUCGUGGAGAAGCGUGACACUGAGAGGAAGGCCUGGUCCAUCGUCUCCAACAACUGCACCAAGACAUCGUUCAAGUUGGAGGACCUGGACGCAGGACGGUGCUACUGCUUCAGAGUGUCAGCAGUUAACCAGCUCGGUACUGGAGAGUGUUGCGAGACAGCUGACUCAGUCAAAGCAUCUGAGGAGCCUGGGCCGGUCAUGGACUUCAAGACUCUGCUGGUUACCAAGUACUCUUGCACUCUAAGCUGGAAGAAACCCCUCACCGAUGGUGGCAGUCGCAUCAUCUGCUACGUGCUGGAGGUUCUCAAUGGUGACGACAAGUACAAGGAGCUAAUGAGGUCCAAGAACAUGCAGUACAGCGCCAAGGACCUAGUGGAGGGCAGAGAGUACAACUACAGAGUCAAGGCUGUGAAUGACUCAGGAGAGAGUCCAGUCAAGAAGCUGUUAGUGGUCGCCAAGGACCAGAUCAUUCAUCCCAGCUGUGACUUGAGGGAGCUGCCCGACAUGUGUUACAUUGCCAAGGAGGGCAGUACCGUCCGUCUAAAGAUCCCGAUCAUCGGCAAACCUACUCCCAAGGUCUCCUGGAAGAAGGGAGACGAGGAAAACCUGACAGACACCGGCCGAGUGUGCGCAGAGUCUUCUGCAGUCAACACCACCCUCCUGAUCAGGGACUGCCAGAGGAGUGAUGCUUCCAAGUACACCAUUACCCUGAGGAACAGUGCUGGAAGCAAGGAGUCAACUAUCUUCAUUAGGGUGGUGGGUAAACCUGGCAUUCCUAUCGGACCCAUUAAGUUCAAAGAUGUUACGGCCGAUGGUGCUACGCUGAAGUGGGUCGCUCCUAAGGAUGACGGUGGCUCAGAGAUCACAAAUUACAUCCUAGAAAAGAGGGACUCAGUCACCAAUAUGUGGGUCACCGUGUGCUCCACUGUGGAGACCAACACCAUGAGGGUGACGGGUCUCCAUGAGGGCACAGAGUACAUCUUCAGAGUCUGUGCUGAGAACAAGUACGGUGUUGGAGAGGGACUCAAGUCUGAUCCAAUCAUUGCCAAACAUCCAUUCAAUGUUCCCGAUGCUCCUCUUCCACCUCAGAUCAUGAGCAUGCGCCACAACUCUGCUUACCUGGCUUGGUCUGACCCCAGGAAGACUGGAGGAUCUCCCAUCACAGGCUACCAUGUUGAGUUCAAGGAGAGGAACAGCAUGUUGUGGAAGAGAGCGAGCCCGUCUGCCUUGAGGAUGAGGGAACACAAGGUCACUGGGCUGACUGAAGGUCUGGAAUACGAGUUCAGAGUCAUGGCAAACAACCUGGCUGGCAUUGGCAGACCAAGUGCUCCCACCGAUCCACAGGUGGCCUUGGAUCCCAUUGAUGCCCCUGGGAAACCUGAUGUGAUCAGCAUCACCAGAAGCACCGUGACCCUGCAGUGGACCGAGCCACAGUUCGAUGGCGGCCACAGAAUGACUGGCUACAUCGUUGAGAGGCGCGACCUGCCCUCUAAGAUCUGGGUGAAGGCCAACAACGUCAAUGUUGUGGAUCCUGCAUUCACUGUCACCGAUUUGCAGGAGGGCUGCAAAUAUGAGUUCAGAAUCAGGGCAAAGAAUUCCUCUGGUGCCAUCAGCCCGCCAUCCGAGCAGACAGAUACUAUAAUCUGCGCAGAUGAAUAUGCUGCCCCAACCAUUAUUAUUGAAGCUCAGGUGAAGGAGGGUCUGACUGUUCGAGCCGGUGACACUAUUGUCAUCACUGCCACAAGCAUUUUAGGCAAACCUGCGCCAACCUCAUGCUGGUCAAAGGGAGGAAAGUAUUUCAAACCCUCUGAUCUUGUUCAUAUUGAGACCACUGCAACUUCCUCCACUCUGUCCGUCAAGUAUGCCGGCAGGAAGGACUCUGGGGAGUACAUCAUCACUGCCAGCAAUCCCUUUGGUGUAAAGGAAGAAACCGUCAAAGUCACAGUUCUGGAUGUUCCUGGAGUUCCUGGACCCAUUGAAACCAGUGGUGUCUCCUCUGAAAAGGUGACUCUUACUUGGACAGCUCCUAUGGAAGAUGGAGGCUCUCCUAUCAAGUAUUACACCCUUGAGAAGAGAGAAACCACCCGCCUGCUCUGGACUAUCCUGGAAGAGAAGGUCAUCGACUGUCACUAUGUCGCCAACAAGCUCAUCCAAGACAAUGAGUACUUCUUCAGAGUCUCUGCUGUUAACCAGUACGGUGCCAGUGAGCCAUCUCACUCUGAGGCAGUCAAGAUGGUUGACAGAUUCGGUCCUCCUGGUCCACCGUCUAAACCAGAAGUUGAUAAAGUUGAUGGACAUUCAGUCACUGUGACCUGGAGGAGACCAGCCGAGGAUGGAGGAAGUGACAUCAUAGGUUACUGUGUUGAGAAGAAGGAGAAAAAGGGCAUGAGAUGGGUCAGGGCAUCCAAGAAAUCCAUUGCUGAGCUCAGUUGUGAUGUCAGCGGUCUCACUGAGGGCAUCGAGUACGAGUUUCGUGUCCUUGCUGAGAACAGAGCAGGCUUUGGAGAGCCAAGUGAACCAUCUAUGCCUGUCAGAACAAUAGUUUUUGCCUAUGUGCCCGGACCUCCAAUCAAUCCAAGAGUCACAGACACAACCAGAAGCACUGCCACUCUGAACUGGGGGAAACCUCUUGAUAAUGGUGGACUUGAAGUCACUGGAUAUGUGAUUGAACACAAGAAGGAAGGAACGGAAGAAUGGGGGAAGGACACCCCUUCAUAUCCACUUAGGAUCACAGAGUUUGUUGUUGCCAAGCUGGAAACUGGUGCAAAAUACCACUUCAGGAUUAGCGCUGUGAAUGCUAAGGGAGCAGGUGCACCUGCUGAAACUCAGGAGCUGUUUGAGAUCGUGGAGCGUGCAGCUGAACCUGAUUUGGAGCUGGAUCUUGAGCUGAGAAGAACCCUUGUCGUCAGGGCUGGCUGCUCCAUUCGCCUCUUUGUGCCUAUCAAGGGACGCCCUACACCUACCGUCACCUGGACUAAGGAAGGUGGUCCUGUCCCACGUGCAGUCAUUGACAGCACAGAGUCAUUCACAAUGCUAAUCAUCCCAGAGAGUUCAAGGAUUGAUGUGGGUAAAUAUGAGCUGACCCUCGAAAACUCUGCUGGAAAGAAGAGUGCCGGUAUAAAUGUGAGAGUUCUGGACUCACCUGGCCCUCCACUUAACCUAAAACCAGUCAAGAUUGACAAGGAAAGCAUUACUCUUCAGUGGGAGAUUCCUCUCAUUGAUGGUGGAGCCAAGAUCACCAACUACAUCAUUGAAAAGAGAGAAUCAACACGCAAGGCUUUUGCUACUGUUGUUACAAAAUGCCCAACCACUUCAGUCAGGAUCGGUGAUCUGGGUGAAGGCUGUGAGUACUACUUCAGAGUGUCUGCCGAGAAUGAGUAUGGCAUUGGUGAGGCGGCUGAAACUGCUGAUCCAAUUCGUGCAUCACAGGCACCAACUCGUCCAGAGAGCAUUAUUCCUACUGAUAUCACCAAAAACUCUGUGAGCCUGGCCUGGACCAAACCCAAGCACGAUGGUGGAAGCAGAAUUACGGGAUAUGUCCUUGAAGCCCGGAAGAAAGGAACUGAUCAGUGGGCACAUGUAACAGCAGUCAAGACCAUGGACUUCACAGUAAAGAAUCUUAAUGAGACGGAGGAGUACAUUUUCCGCGUAAUGGCUGUCAACCAUUCAGGUAGAAGCGCUCCACGUGAGAGCAAACACAUUGUUGUCAAGGAUUCUACUUUGAUGCCACAGUUUGACCUCCGCGGUGUAUGUCAGAAGACUGUUAUUGCCAAGGCAGGAGAUGAUAUCAAGGUUGAAAUUCCAGUUAUGGGACGUCCUAGACCAACUGUCUCUUGGCAAAAGGAUGGCACAGCCCUGAAGCUCACACAGAGAACCAAUGUGGAAACUACUGCUGCCACUGUUGUCCUCAGCAUAGGUGAAUGCAACAGAGGUGACAGUGGUGUAUACACUAUGACAGGAAAGAACAUUGUUGGUUCUGUGACAGACAACAUCAUUGUUAAAGUACAUGAUGUACCUGGGCCACCCAAGGGACCACUUAACAUCGUGGAGAUAGCGCGUACUUAUUGCGUCUUUGCAUGGGACACUCCUGAGAAUGAUGGAGGUGUUCCAAUCAACAAUUAUGUGGUUGAGAUCAGAGACACCACUUCCCAAACAUGGACAGAACUGUCUUCCACGGUCAUCCGUACUGUGUUCAAAGCCAUUCGCUUAAACACUGGAUCAGAGUACCAGUUCAGAGUAAAGGCUAAGAACAGAUAUGGUGUUGGACCUCCCAUCACCUCAUCGUCAGUGGUGGCUGCCUAUCCUUUCAAAGUCCCUGGACCUCCUGGUACUCCAGGUGUUGUUGCAUUUACCAAGGACUCCAUAACAGUUGGCUGGAAUGAGCCUGUGGUUGAUGGUGGAAAUGAAGUAAUUGGUUAUCAUGUUGAGAGGAAAGAAAGAAGCAGAAUCAUGUGGCAGAAAAUCAGCAAGAGUCUUGUUAAAGGAAACCUCUAUAAGUCCACAGGGCUUGAAGAUGGAGCUGCCUAUGAGUUUCGUGUCAUGGCUGAAAACAUGGCUGGAAUUGGUAAGGCCAGCAAGGCCUCAGAACCAAUACUGGCCUUGGACCCUGUAGACCCACCAGGUCAGCCUGAGCCAAUAUUUGUCAGCAAGAAUGUCAUCACCAUUCAGUGGACAAAGCCUGAGUACGAUGGUGGUUUCAAAAUCACUGGCUACACAGUGGAAAAGAAAGAACUGCCUGCAGGGCGCUGGAUUAGAGCCAACUUCACCAAUAUUACUGAGACCACAUUCACUGUCAGUGGACUGGCUCAAGAUGCCUCCUAUGAGUUCCGUGUUGUAGCCAGAAACUCAUUAGGUGCAGUGAGCUUGCCCUCUGAGCCCUCAGACCCAAUUACCUGCAAAGAUGACAUUAUUGAGCCACGCAUUAUGGUUGAUGCCAUCUUUAAGGAUGUUGUUCUACUGAAGGCGGGAGAGUCCUUCAAGCUUGAUGCUGACAUUGCUGGUCAACCAACCCCAUCUAUGGUUUGGACAAAGAAUGGAAAGGAGGUUGAGAACACAAUGAAACUGGAUGUAAAGUUCACAGAACUGGAAACUACUCUGACCAACAAGGACUCUAUAAGAUCAGAUGGAGGAGAAUUUGUUUUGACUGCCACUAAUGUUGGUGGAUUUGCUAAGCACAUUUUUAAUGUUAAAGUGCUUGACAGACCUGGACCACCAGUUGGACCUCUUGAGGUGUCCGAUGUCAACGCUGACAACUGUGUACUCUCCUGGGCUCCACCUGCAGAUGAUGGAGGUGCCAAGAUUGAAGGAUAUGUGAUUGAGAAGCGUGAGUCAAGCAGACUGGUUUGGACCAAUGUGGUUUCAGACUUGCAAGUUACACAAUAUAAGGUGACCAAGCUGCUCAAAGGAAAUGAAUAUAUCUUCAGAGUUAUGGCAGUAAACAAAUAUGGACUUGGCGAGUCUCUUGAUUCAGAACCCACUAUUGCAGACAACCCAUAUGUGGUUUCAGAUCCUCCACAGACUCCUGAGGUGACAGCUAUUACUAAAGAUGCAAUGGUUGUUAUGUGGCAAGUGCCUGUGAGUGAUGGUGGAACUCCCAUCACUAACUACAAUGUUGAAAGGAAAGACAAAAUAGGCCUCCGCUGGGUCAAAUGCAACAAGAGGAAGGUCAAAGAUCUACAAUUCAAGGCAGCAGGCCUUCAUGUCGGACAUGAAUAUAAAUUCAGAAUUAUUGCUGAGAAUGCUGCUGGAGUGAGUGGUCCAAGUCUCUCGAGCCCAUUCUACAAGGCCACUGAUGCACUGUACAAGCCAGGGGCCCCAUGCAACCCUAGAAUCCUGGACACAACCAAGUCCUCAAUUACUGUUGCCUGGAACAAACCUGUAUAUGAUGGUGGCUCUGACAUCACUGGCUACAUUAUGGAGACCUGCAUCCCAUCUGAAAAGGUGGAAGAGGAGGAAUGGACCAUUGUGACACCCAAAGAAGGACUCAUUGCCACCUCAUUCACCAUUAUUAACCUGAAGGAGAACCAGGAGUACAAGAUUAACAUAUCUGCUGUCAACUGUGAAGGAGUUGGAGAGGCAGCAUCUGUGCCUGACAAUACCAAAGCAGAGGACAGGCUCCUGCCACCUGAGAUGGAUUUGGAUGCUGAGCUCCGCAAGGUUGUCAGUCUUCGAGCUUGCUGCUCACUCAGGCUGUUUGUGCCUAUUAGAGGCAGACCAGCUCCCCAGGCUAAAUGGACCAAAGGAGAUGGUGAGCAUAUUGAGAGGGCAACCAUUGACAGCACAACAUCAUACACCUCACUUGUAAUUGGAAAUGUCAACAGAUUUGACAGUGGAAAGUAUAAUCUUACAGUUGAAAACAGCUCUGGAUCCAAGAUAGUUACAGUCCAAGUCAAGGUGCUUGACACACCAAGUGCCCCACAGAAUCUCAAGAUUUCUGCUAUAACAAAGCAAUCUGUCACUCUGACUUGGGAACCACCUGUGAAUGAUGGAGGAGUUAAGGUUAAAAACUACAUUGUUGAAAAACGUGAGUCCACAAGGAAAGCAUAUGCCACAGUCAGCGCUAACUGCCAUCACACCACCUUCACAAUUGACCAGCUCUUGGAAGGAUGCAACUAUUACUUCAGAGUUUUGGCUGAGAAUGAAUAUGGCAUCGGCCUGCCCAUUGAAUCUGGUGAAUCAGUUAAAGUGUCUGAAAAACCACAGCUACCUGGCAAAAUCUCUCUUAAGGAUGUUACUAAGAGCAGUGUCACCCUCUCCUGGGAGAAGCCAGAGCAUGAUGGUGGCAGCAGAGUGGGCUGUUAUGUUGUUGAGAUCCAGCCUAAGGGUGUCGAUAAGUGGAGCCAGUCUGUGAUUGUAAAGGAAACAGAAGCUACUAUUAGUGGACUCAAUGCAGGUGAAGAAUACAUGUUCCGUGUCGCAGCAAGAAAUGAGAAGGGAACAAGUGACCCACGACAGAUUGGUGUGCCUGUGAUCGUAAAAGAUCUUGUGUUUGCACCUGUUGCCAAGAUGUUGUUCAACACAUUCAGUGUGUUAGCAGGAGAAGACCUCGCAGUAGAGGUUCCUUAUGUUGCACGUCCCAAAGCAGCUGUCUCCUGGGCAAAAGAUGGUCAGCCUAUGAAGAGAACUACCAGAGUAAACUUUGGUGCAACAGAGACAAUGCUGAACCUCAAUGUAAAAGAGGCUACUAGAGAUGAUGUUGGACAGUAUCAUAUUACUAUUAGCAACACAGCAGGAGAGACAACCGCAGACAUUGGUAUUGUUGUACUAGACAAACCGGGACAGCCGGGGGGUCCAGUUAAGGUGGAGGAGGUCACUUCUGACAGUGUAACCAUCUCCUGGACCAGACCAGAAUAUGAUGGUGGUUGCACAAUCAAAAACUACUUUGUGGAAAAGAGAGAUACAUCCACAACUGCCUGGAUGGUUGUAUCCCCUAACCUCGCAAGGACCAAAAUAAAGGUAGGCAGGUUGAAGACUAGUUCCGAGUAUCAAUUUAGAAUCACAGCAGAAAACAGAUAUGGAAAAGGUCCAGCUCUUCUCUCAGAGUGUAUUGUGGCUCAAUACCCAUACAAGCUCCCAGGACCACCAGGAACACCAUCCAUUGCAGUCUGCACCAAAGACAGCAUGGUGGUGGCCUGGAAUGAACCUGUGAUUGAUGGUGGCAGCACUAUCUUGGGCUACCAUCUUGAAUGCAAAGAGAGAAACAGCAUCCUUUGGGUCAAACUCAACAAGUCUCUUAUUACGGACCAAACCUUCAAGACCGCUGAUCUUGAACCAGGAAUGGAAUAUGAAUACAGAGUUUAUGCAGAAAACAUUGUCGGAACAGGCAAAGUGAGCAAAGUAUCUGAGGGACGAGUUGCUAGAGAUCCUUGUGAUCCCCCUGGCACCCCCGAGGCCUCAAAGAUCAGUAAGGACUCCAUUACCAUUGUUUGGACCAAGCCUGAAUAUGAUGGCGGUGCAAAGGUUACAGGUUACGUUGUGGAAAAGAAGGAGCUUCCUGAAGGCCGUUGGCUGAAGGCGAACUUCACCAAUGUCAUUGAGACAGAAUACGUUGCAACUGGACUUGUGCAGGACAAUCAGUAUGAAUUCCGUGUCAUUGCCAGAAAUGCUGCUGGUGUUUUCAGUAUGCCCUCUUACAGUACCGGUCCUAUUACUGUCAGGGAUGAGAUUGAUCCACCAAGCCUCAGCAUUGACCCAGAGUAUACACAGACUAUGGUAGUUAAUGCUGGAGACAACUUCAAGAUUGAUGCAGAUGUUCGUGGCAAACCAUUGCCCUCUAUCCACUGGAUGAAGGGAGAGCAGGAGCUGGGCAACACUAUUCAUAGAGAAAUUAAGAACACACCCACCAAAGCUUAUAUAUCUGUCAAGGAAGCUAAACUUUCCGAUGGAGGCCAAUACACUCUACUGCUGAAAAAUCCGGGGGGAGAAAAGGUUGUACAGGUCAAUGUUGUUGUUCUAGAUAAACCUGGCGAACCACAGGGACCUUUCGUUGUCACAGGAAUAACCAAAGACCGAUGCUGCCUUGCAUGGAAACCACCAGUACAAGAUGGUGGCAGCAAGAUCUCUCACUACAUUGUAAAGACGAGAGAGACAAGCAGGCUAGUCUGGACUGUUGUUGAUCCAAAAGUGGAGAAGAUUUGUUUGAAGGUCACAAAGCUGCUGGAAGGAAAUGAGUACAUCUUCAGAGUCCACGCUGUCAACCAGUUUGGAGUGGGUGCACCACUUGAGUCUGAUGCUGCCAUAAUUAAAGAUCCGUUUGCGGUACCUGGAACACCCAAGAGCUUGGAAGUUUCAGAUAUUAAAAAAGAUUCAAUGGUGCUCACUUGGGAGGCUCCUUCUGAAGAUGGAGGCAGUCCUAUCACUGGAUACAUAAUUGAGAAACAUGACAAAGAAGGUGUAAGAUGGACCAGGUGUUACAGGAAAACAGUCACUGACUUGACUUUCAAGGUCACUGGACUCAUGGAAAGCCAUAGUUACGAAUUCAGAGUUGUAGCUGAGAAUGCUGUAGGCCUUGGUGAGCCAAGCUCCCCAACCGUGUACUUCAAAGCACUUGAUCCCAUCUUCAGGCCUGGCCCACCACACAAUCCAAGAGUAACUGACACAACUAAAACAUCAGUAUUCCUGUCAUGGGGCAAGCCCGUCUGUGAUGGAGGCUGUGAGAUUCAGGGAUACGUUGUUGAGUGUUGCACUACCACAGAGCCACCUGUGUCAGUCGAGGCUCCUGCUGAAGCCCCAGCUGCCGAGGCAGCCGCUACAGAUGCCCCUGCUGAGGAAUGGACAAUGUGCACACCUCCAACAGGUGUCAAGAAGACCAAGUUUGAAGUUGAAAACCUGAAGGAAAACCAGGCAUACAAGUUUAGAGUAUGUGCUAUCAACAAAGUUGGAGUCGGUAAGCAUGCCGAUGUUUCUGGAGCUGUUGUUGCCCAGGACAGGGCAGAGGAGCCAGACCUUGACAUUGACCCAGAACUGAGAAAGAUUGUGACCAUUAAAGCUGGAGCUUCCCUCCGACUGUUUAUUCCUAUCAAAGGAAGGCCCACUCCUACCAUACAGUGGGACAAAGAUGAAGCUGCACUUAAAGAGACAGCUCAGGUCGAGGUGACCAGCAGUUACUCAUCCCUUGUAAUUGACAAGAUGAGCAGAAAUGACAGCGGAAAAUACACCAUCACUGCAGAGAACACCAGUGGAACCAAAUCCGCAUUUGUUGUUGUCCGUGUUCUCGACACACCUAGUGCUCCUGUUAACUUGAAAGUGAAAGAAAUAACAAACCAGUCUGUCACCCUGGCAUGGGAGCCACCUCUGUUGGAUGGUGGGUCCAAGAUCAAGAACUACAUUGUUGAAAAGAGAGAAAGCACACGUAAAACGUAUGCAGCUGUUGUAACAAAUUGUCAUGCUCUUUCAUGGAAGAUUGAGCCACUUCAGGAAGGUUGUAGUUACUACUUCCGAGUCUGUGCUGAGAAUGGACAUGGUGUUGGCCUGCCUGCAGCAACUAACGAUCCUCUUAAGGUCUCAGAGGUGCCCCAGUCUCCAAAGAACUUGAUUGUUACAGAUCAAACCAAAACAAGCAUAUCUUUGGCUUGGGAGAGGCCUGAGUAUGAUGGUGGUAGCAGAGUCAUGCAGUACGUGCUCGAGGUGCAACUUAAGGGCCAGGAGAAGUGGUCUGGUGUCAACACAUUUAAGACAAUGGAGACUACCGUUACUAAACUGAACCCAGGAGAGGAGUAUCUGUUUAGAGUUAUAGCAGUCAACGAUAAGGGAAAGAGUGACCCCAAAGUCCUUGCUGGUCCAGUGAUGACCAAGGACUUAGUCUUUGAGCCAGAUGUUCGACCAGCAUUCAGCAGCUACAGUGUCAACGUGGGCAAAGACCUGAAAAUUGACAUUCCCUUCUUUGGAAGACCUAAACCAACAGUCUCAUGGACAAAAGAUGGAGCCUCUUUGAAGUUCACUACCAGAGUCAACAUUCUCAGCACACCAACACAUACAACAUUGAGCAUUAAGGAGGCAGCAGGUGAUGAUGGUGGCAUGUACAGUAUACAUGUUGCUAACUCAGCUGGAGAGAAAGACACAACAGUUGAAAUUAUUGUACUUGACAAGCCUGGGCCUCCAUCUGGCCCUGUCAGGUUCGAUGAAAUCACAACACAGAGUGUCACUCUUUCAUGGGAUCCACCAAAGCACAAUGGUGGCUGCCAGAUUUCUAACUACAUUGUACAGAAGAGAGAUACUACUACAGCAACAUGGGAAAAUAUCAGCAUCAACUAUGCCAGAACAACCAUUAAAGUGCCCAGACUGAAGACUGGAGCUGAGUACCAGUUUAGGAUUAUUGCUCAGAACCACUAUGGCAAGAGUCAUGGUCUGGAUUCAUCUAGUGUGGUUGCUCAGUACCCAUACAGAGAGCCAGGCCCACCAGGCACUCCCUUCAUCUCCUCUCUCUCUAGGGACCACCAGAUUGUUGAGUGGCACGAGCCUGUCCAAGAUGGAGGCAGCCCUGUCCUGGGCUACCAUCUGGAAAGGAAAGAGAGGAAUAGUAUUCUCUGGAUCAAGAUCAACAAGACACUUAUUCAUGAGCCUGUUUUCAACAGUCACCCCUUGGAAGAGAGUAUUGAGUAUGAGUACCGGGUUUAUGCUGAAAAUAUAGUUGGCAUUGGCAGGUGCAGUAAAGUCUCAGAGGGCUGUGUUGCCCGUGACCAAUGUGAUCCUCCUGGCGCACCAGAGGCCAUCCAUGUGACCAAGGACACCAUCGUCAUCCAGUGGACUAAACCAGAGUAUGAUGGUGGCAGUAGUAUAACUGGCUAUACUGUGGAGAGGCGUGAUCUGCCCGAGGGCAGGUGGGUAAGGGCAAACUUCACUAAUGUGAUUGAGACCCAGUUCACUGUCACUGGUCUGACUGAAAAUGCACAGUAUGACUUUAGAGUCAUUGCUAAAAAUUCUGUAGGCACCGUCAGUAAGCCAUCCUACAACAGUGGACCGAUUACUGUAAGUGAUGAGUUGGAAGCACCCAAAUUCUCCAUUGACCCAGCAUUCAUCAAGGCCAUCACCAUUAAUGCCGGAGAGACCUUUAAGCUAGAUGCCGAUGUCCAUGGCAAACCGCUCCCCACAAUCCAGUGGUUCAAGGAUGAAAAACCAAUAGAGAAUACACUCAGACUGGAGAUUAAAAACACUAAAAACCAUGCAAUGAUUGUCAUUAAGGACUCUGUUAGAAUUGAUGGUGGAAUUUACACACUCCAGCUGACAAAUGUGGCUGGUAGUGAAACUGUUCCAUUCAAGGUUGUGGUCCUGGACAGGCCUAGCCAAUGUGAAGGACCCCUCCACACUGCUGGAGUGGCUGAAGAUAGAUGCACACUGGUAUGGCGUGCCCCUCUACAUGAUGGAGGUAGUCCUAUUAAGCACUAUUUAAUCGAGAGAAGAGAGACCAGCCGUCUAGCUUGGACUGUUGUUUCCAACAGCUGUGAAACCACAUGCUACAAAGUCACCAAAUUACUGGAAGGCAAUGAGUAUAUGUUCCGUGUCAUGGCAGUUAACAGUUUUGGAGUCAGUGAGACACUGGAGUCUAGCGGAGUGGUUAUGAAGACUCCAUUUGUUCCUCCUGGUCCACCUCAUAUUGAGGAUGUAUCCAACAUUGCUCAUGAUGGCAUGACCAUCACUUGGUCAGCCCCUGAGACUGAUGGUGGCAGUGAGAUUAUCAAUUACAUCCUUGAAAAGAAGGACAGAAAUGGAAUAAAAUGGACCAGAUGCAACAGACAGAAAGUCACUGAUCUCUCCUUCAGAGCUACAGGCCUAACCACCGGCCAUGAAUAUGAAUUCAGAGUGGCUGCUGAGAAUGUAGUUGGAGCAGGAGAACCAAGCCUUCCAAGUUCAUACUACAAGGCUAGUGAUCCCAAGUACAAACCUGGCGCCCCAGCAUAUGUGAAUGUGAUUGACUCCACAAAGAGCUCAAUUACAGUGUCAUGGGGUAAGCCUCUGUCUGACGGUGGCAGCACCAUUCAAGGAUACAUUGUUGAAGUCUGCAAAGCUGAGGAGGAGGAAUGGACCAUGGUUACGCCCCCCACUGGCCUGCGUGUCAACAAGUAUGAAAUUACCAAAUUGACUGAGGGUCAGGAGUACAAAAUACAGGUGUGUGCUUUGAACAAGCUGGGAGUUGGUGAGCCAGCAGCUCUCUCUGGAACAGCUAAGCCAGAGGAAAGGUUGGACCCACCACAGAUCCACCUACACUCUGAGCUGAGGAAGGGCAUUACUGUGAAAGCUGGUGCAUCUGUUAGAAUCCAUAUUCCAUUCAAGGGCAGGCCAACACCUGAGAUUCAGUGGACUAAGGAUGAGGGAGACUUGACUGAAAAAACAGUGGUUGAGAAAGCUCUCACCUUCACACAGUUGUCCAUUGACUCAUGUGACAGGAGUGACUCUGGAAAAUACACCCUGAGCCUGUCGAACAGCAGUGGCACUGUGUCUGAGUUUGUUGCUGUUAAAGUCCUGGAUACACCUGGCUCCCCACAGAACCUUGUGGUUAAAGAAGUCAAAAAGGACUCUGUCACUCUUGUAUGGGAUGCCCCACUGAUUGAUGGAGGUUCCAAAAUCAAGAACUAUGUCAUUGACAAACGUGAAUCAACCAGAAAGACAUAUGCAAAUGUGUCAACCAAAUGCACCAGGACAACAUUCAAAGUUGAGAACUUGAUUGAAGGUGCUAUGUACUACUUCAGAGUCAUGGCUGAGAAUGACUAUGGAAUCGGCCAGGCUGUUGAAACAAAGGCAGCUUUCAAGGCCUCCGAGGUACCACUGCCUGUUGGAAAAAUCUCCCUCACUGAUGUCACCAAGGCCAGUAUCUCACUGGCCUGGGAGAAACCUGAGCAUGAUGGCGGCAGUAGAAUUGGUGGCUACCUAAUUGAGAUGCAACCCAAGGGUACAGAUAAGUGGGGAGUUGCAACAAAUACAAAGACAUGCGAGGGCACUGUCACAGGCCUCACAGCAGGAGCAGAAUACCUCUUCCGUAUCAUUGCCUACAAUGAGAAGGGAAAGAGUGAGCCAGCGGCAAUUGCUGCACCCAUUGUUGCCAAUGAUGUAACAAUGGAGCCCAGCAUUACGAUGCAAUUUAACACCUACAAUGUAUUAGCUGGAAAGGACUUGAAGUUGGAGUUCCCUGUGCUUGGCAAACCCAAACCUAAAGUCUCCUGGACCAAGGAUGGUGAGCCUUUGAAGGUGACAUCCAGAAUCAACGUCAUAAGGACACCAACUACAACUGGAAUUCAAAUUACUGAGGCAUGCAAGGAGGACUUUGGCAAAUAUUCCAUCACAGCAACCAAUAAUGCCAGCACGAUCACUAAGGAUGUGGCUGUCAUUAUCCUUGACAAGCCUGGUCCACCAAAAGGUCCAAUUAAGGUUGUUGAAGUGAGCAACACCUUUGUUCAUCUCUCCUGGGAGCCUCCAGUAUACAUGGGUGGAUGCCAGGUAAAGAACUAUAUAGUGGAGAAGAGAGACACCACCACCCAAACAUGGCAGUCCGUCACCACACAGCUCGCUAGAACAGCUUUUAAGGUCACCAAGCUGAAGACUGGUGCAGAAUACCAGUUCAGAAUCCUAGCUGAAAACAGAUAUGGAAAGGGUGCAUCUCUGGACUCCAAGUCCAUCGUUGUUCAAUAUCCAUACAAACCACCAGGGCCGCCAGGAACUCCAUUUAUCAAAUCUGCAUCAAAGGAAAUGAUGAUCGUUGAAUGGAAUGAGCCGGUCAAUGAUGGUGGAAGUACAGUUAUUGGGUAUCAUCUAGAAAGCAAGGAGAGAAGCAGCAUCAUGUGGAACAAACUGAACAAAACGCUUAUCACUGAUACUCAGCUCAAGAUCUCCAAUCUAGAAGAGGGUAUUGGCUAUGAAUUCAGAGUCUAUGGUGAAAAUAUUGUUGGCAUUGGCAGAUGCAGUAAAGUGUCUGAGUCCUUUGUUGCUCGCGAUCCAUGUGAUCCUCCUGGUGCUCCUGAAGCUGUGUCUAUUUCUAAGACCAUAAUCAAGAUUCAGUGGACCAAACCACAGUAUGAUGGUGGCAGCAAAGUCAAUGGAUAUAUUGUGGAAAGGAAAGAUAUUUCCUCCCCUGAUGUACACUGGGUAAGAGCUAAUUUCACCAAUAUAAUUGAGACUGAGUAUACCGUCACUGGCCUGACAGAGAAUGAGCAAUAUGACUUCAGAGUUAUUGCAAGAAAUGCAGCCGGAGUCUUCAGCAUGCCAUCCGACAGCUCUGGACCUAUUACUGCUACUGAUGAAAUUGAACCACCAAGGGCUUCAAUGGAUCCCAAAUACAAGGAUGUUAUUAUUAUCAAUGCUGGAGAACACUUGAUUCUUGAUGCUGACAUCUAUGGAAAACCAAUUCCUGAUGUUGUCUGGCUAAAAGAGGGCAAGGAAAUGAACAAAGCCCUGCGCAUUGAAGUGAAAACUACACAGAAACGUGCAGCCAUUACCAUUAAGGAUGUAACCAAGCUUGAUAGUGGCCACUAUGACCUGGUCCUCAAAAAUCUGGGUGGUACAAAAACCUUCCCUAUCACUGUCAAAGUCCUUGAUAAACCAGGUCCACCUGCUGGACCCAUGAGAAUGACAGGAAUCAUGGCUGACAGGUGCAUCAUUGCCUGGGCUGAACCAACUCUGGAUGGUGGGGCUAGUAUCGCUCACUAUGUCUUGGAGAAGAGAGAGACUAGCAGGUUGUCCUGGACAGUAGCUGCACCAAAUAUCAAGGGUCUGUACCAUAAACUAAAAAAUUUGCUUCCUGGAAAUGAAUACAUUUUCAGAGUCAGGGCAGUCAACAAAUAUGGUGUCGGCGAUUGUCUCGAGAGUGAAGCCAUCAUUGCACGCAAUCCUUACAAGCCACCGAGUGCUCCUGGAAAUCCAGAAGCAAGUCAGAUCACAAAUGAAUCUAUGCUUCUGUCAUGGACGGCUCCAGAACAGACUGGUGGAGCUGAAAUUGAAGGCUACCACCUUGAAAAACGUGACAAGGAUAGUGUGAGGUGGACAAAAUGCAACAGACAAAAGCUGACUGACAACCAUUUCCAGGUCACAGGUCUGAUGAUGGACCACUUCUAUGAGUUCCGUGUUGCAGCUGAAAAUGAGGCUGGAAUGGGAGACCUUAGUGAAAUGUCCCUACUUCAUAGAGCGUGUGAUGCCACAACACCACCUGGACCUCCACACCAUCCCAAGGUGACAGACUACACAAAGUCGUCUGUGUCUCUGUCCUGGCGCAAACCUGACUUUGAUGGUGGUGCCUAUGUAAAAGGCUACAUUGUUGAAAUGAGGGAGUAUACACCAGUGCCCGAAGUGGCAGAGGAGGCAGAAGUAGCACCGGCAGUACAGGCACCAGUUGAAAAAGAAUGGUCCAUGUGUACUCCACCCACCGGCACACAAGCCAUUAAACUCACUAUCACAGACCUGAAGGAGGGCGGAGAGUACCAGUUCCGUGUCUGUGCGAUCAACUCUGAGGGAGUUGGGGAGGCUGCUAAUGUCCACAGCACUGUGGUUACUUCUGACAGGGUAGAAGCACCAGAGAUUGAGUUGGAUGCUGAUCUCAGGAAGGUGGUAUGUGUCCGUGCAGGUGGAACUCUGCGUCUCUUUGUCGCCAUGAGAGGAAGACCGGAACCUGCUGUGAAAUGGGAGAAAGUUGAGGGUACUCUCACAGAGCGUGCUGGAAUUGACACCACCAGUUCAUAUACCAUGCUUGUGAUUGACAAUGUUAACCGCUUUGACAGUGGUAAAUACUCACUAACACUAGAGAACAGCAGUGGGGCAAAAUCCGCUAUCGUUGCAGUGAGAAUUUUGGAUACACCAAGUUCACCUCAAAACUUUGCUGUGAAGGAGCUCAAGAAGGAUUCAGUGACUCUUGCCUGGGAUACACCACUUACUGAUGGUGGUUCUAAAAUCACAAACUAUAUUGUAGAGAAAAGAGAGUCUGUCAGGAAGGCCUAUACUACUGUAACCAGCAACUGCUUGCUCAACUCAUUCAAGAUUGAAGAGCUGCCUCAGGGUGGAACUUUCUACUUCAGAGUCUGUGCUGUUAAUACGUAUGGCCAAGGACAGAUGGUUGAAACCAAAGAAAUCAAAGUGUCUGAGGUACCGCUGCCACCAAACAAGGUCAGCCUUGUAGAUUUGACAAAGACUAGUGUGUCACUGACAUGGGACAAACCUGCACAUGAUGGUGGAAGCAAAGUUAUGUGCUACAAUGUAGAAUUUAAGCCCAAGAGUGGAGAUAAAUGGGGCACAGCAUGCACAGUCAAGGUGACUGAAGCAACGAUUCCUAAUCUGACUCCCAAUGAAGCCUAUUUAUUCAGAGUUGUUGCAAUCAAUGAGAAGGGAAAAAGUGAGCCAAAGGAUCUUGCUUUGCCUGUGGUUACAAAGGAUGUUUCAAUUGAACCAUCGGUCAACUUACUCUUUACCACAUACAGUGUGAAGGCUGGAGGUGACCUCAUUUUUGAGGUUCCAGUCAGAGGCAGGCCUAAGCCUGUUGUAUCCUGGAAGAAGGAUGCCCUUCCCUUGAAGCAAACAUCAUCAGUUACCAUCUUAAACACUGCAACCGUGUCCAAAAUUACCAUCAAAGAGGCUAGCAGAGAACAUGUUGGCAAGUAUGAGAUCACCCUGGCAAACGCAGGAGGAACUGUCUCAGCAGAUAUUGGAGUUGUUGUCCUCGAUAAACCAGGUGCACCUAAAGGUGUCAAGGUGGAUUCGGUGACGUCAGACAGUAUCACACUGUCCUGGUCUCCACCAGAUUAUGACGGUGGCUGCUCCAUCAGUAACUAUAUUGUGGAGAAGAGAGACACAAACACCCAAGAAUGGCAGAUGAUAGCAAGUAACGUUGCCAGAACAUCUUUCAAGGCUGGCCGCCUGACACACGGAGCAGAGUACCAAUUCCGCAUUUAUGCAGUCAACCGUUAUGGAAAGAGUACAUAUGUGGAUUCACCUGGAAUCACUGCUCAGUACAACUUCAAACAACCUGGACCUCCUUCCACACCUAUAGUGAAGUUGGCCACCAAGUCUUACAUGUUGGUGACUUGGAAUGAGCCAGUUGCUGAUGGUGGCAGUCCUGUUGUGGGCUACCAUCUGGAGAGGAAGGAGCGUACUAGCAUUCUUUGGACAAAGUUGAACAGAGGAAUAAUUAAAGACACAGAAUACAAAGUCAAUGGAAUUGAAGAGGGCAUGAUGUAUGAAUACCAUGUCUAUGCUGAAAAUAUAGCUGGUAUUGGUAAAUGCAGCAAGUCCUGUGAAGCUGUAGCAGCCAGAGAUCCUUGUGACCCACCGGGCACACCUGUGGUCACUGCUGUUACCAGAACAUCUGUCUCCUUGUCUUGGGAUAAACCAGAGUAUGAUGGUGGAGCCAAGGUUUCUGGCUACACCAUUGAACGCAGAGACCUUCCUGAAGGACGCUGGACAAGGUGCAACUUCACCAAUGUGCCUGAGACCCACUAUGAUGCAACAGGCCUUACGGAGAACAGUCAGUAUGACUUCCGUGUCAUUGCUAAGAAUGCAGCUGGAUUGUUCAGUGAACCAUCUGACACCACUGGCCCCAUCACUGUCAAGGAUGAUGUGGACCCACCACGCAUCAUGAUGGAUGUCAAGUUCCGAGAGACAUUGCUUGUGAAAGCAGGAGAAACUCUGAAGAUUAAUGCUGACCUUGCUGGACGUCCUGCCCCUGUCAUUUCCUGGACCAAGGAUGGCAAAGAGAUUGAGCUGAGAGCCAGAAUCCAGAUUGUUUCCACAGAUACCAGCACUUCUGUCAUUGUGAAGGAUAGCAUCAGAACAGAUUCUGGACAGUAUGUUCUGACUCUACAGAAUAUUGGCGGAACAGUUACCAUGCCAAUACACUGUGUGAUUCUAGAUAAGCCAGGACCCUCAGCAGGACCUUUGCAGAUCACGGGUCUCACAGCUGAGGCGUGCACUCUUUCAUGGGGUCCUCCUCAGGAAACCGGUGGUGCUGACAUCACACAUUACGUUGUUGAGAAGCGUGAGACAAGCCGCUUGGCAUGGACAGUGGUGAAGGGAGACGUCACAAAAACAUACCUCAAAGUUACAGGACUGCUCAAGGGCAACGAAUAUAUCUUCAGGGUUUUGGCUGUCAACAAGCAUGGACUUGGUGAGGUUCUGGAAUGUGAUGCUGUAAAGAUCACAGAUCCAUAUACUUUUGCCACUGCUCCAACUAGUGUUGAUGUCACUGCCAUAACUGCUGAUUCAAUGACCCUCACCUGGUGCAAGCCAGCCAGUGAUGGAGGUAGCCCUCUCACUGGAUAUGUGAUAGAGCGCCGUGAGAAGACUGGUAUGCGCUGGGUCCGUGUAAACAGAGAACCAGUUGUUGAAUGUACCACAGUAGCAACCAAACUACGCAAGGGUUGUGAGUAUGACUUCAGAGUCUAUGCUGAAAAUGUGGCUGGUCUGAGUCCUCCAAGUGAACGAUCUGCAUCAUUCAGAGCAGCCGAUCCUCUCGUUGUUGCUUCUCGCCCAACCAAGCCAAAGAUUGUCAGUUCAACCAAGGACAGUGUGUCCGUUGUCUGGAAACUACCAAGACAUGAUGGUGGUUCUCAGAUCCUUGGAUACAGUGUAGAAUACAGAGAAUACAUCCACAAACCACAGCCUGAGGUUGUUGGAGAAGAGGAAGAAUAUGAGGAGGAAGAGGAAGUAACUGAAUCCCCCAAAGAACUAGCAAGAUGGGUUGAGGCUAUCCCUCUUACCAAGAGCUUGGAGUUCACAAUCACUGGACUAAAGACAGAUGCAGAAUAUGAAUUCUGUGUCAAGGCAAUAAACAAAGUUGGCAGCAGUGUGCGUAGCCCAUAUUCAGAUGGAGCCGUAGCAAUGGACAGAACUGCAGAGCCAUCAUUUGAUGUUGACAUUGAGAUGCGUAAAGUACUUAUUGUCAAGCAUGGCACAGCAUUUACUCUCAAGGUACCAUUCAAGGGCAAACCUGUGCCAUCAGUGGCAUGGGCCAGGGAGGGUGUUGAUCUAAAGGUCAGAGGAACCAUUGAAUCAACAGAAUCGAGCACUUCACUCACCCUUGAAAAGUCAAACAGAAGCGACUCUGGAGAGUACUGCGUCACUAUUGAAUCACCACUGGGAACAGCAACACUGCCCAUGGUUGUCAAGGUGCUCGACUCUCCUGGACCUUCUGUCAACGUUAAAGUUUCAGCAGUGACCAGGGAUUCUGCAACCCUCAGUUGGGAAGCUCCAGAGAAUGAUGGUGGUGAUGCAGUGAAGGCCUACCAUGUUGAAAAACGUGAGGCCAGUAAGAAGGCGUGGGUGUCUGUGACCAGCAACUGUCACGAAUUGAUGUUUAAAGUGAGAGACUUGCAGGAGGGAGCCAUGUAUUACUUCAGAGUUAUUGGAGAAAACGAGUAUGGAGUGGGUGUCCCUCAGGAGGCCAAGGCUGGAACAAAGAUUACAGAGGUACCAAGUGUUCCCAUGAAACUUGGAGUUGCAAAUGUUACCAAGGACAGCGUUACGAUUGCCUGGACAAGACCAGAAUAUGAUGGCGGUAGCAGAGUCACUGGUUAUCUUAUUGAUGCCCUGGAGAAGGGACAGACCAAGUGGGUGAAGUGUGCCACUGUAAAGACCAUGACCCACACCAUCAAGAGCCUGAGGGAGUGUGCAGAGUAUUACUUUAGAGUCCGUGCCGAGAACCAUGCCGGACUCAGUGAACCAAAGGAGAUGAUCGUACCCGUUAUCGUCAAGGAAAUACACGAUGCUCCUGAAUUUGACCUGACGAAUUACCCCAAGAAUACAGUUUACGUGAGAGCAGGAUCCAACCUAACCUUUGAGAUUCCUCUCACUGCCAGGCCCAUGGCUAAGGUGACUAUGUCCAAGAACAAUGUUGUCAUCAAGGGAUCCAAGAGGCUGCUAACUGAAGUGACUCCGGGCAGUUUAACCAUCACCCUAAAUGAAAGCAUUGCAAGUGACGCUGGCAAAUAUGAAGUCACUGCCUCUAAUGUGGGAGGUACCACCAAGAUCUUCCUUAUCUUCAUUGUGAUGGACAGACCGGGACCUCCUGUUGGUCCAGUCGAGGUCGGUGAGGUCGGAGAAACCACAGUCUGUCUGAAGUGGGCUGUUCCAGAGUAUGAUGGUGGCAGUCCUGUUACCAACUACAUUAUUCUGAAACGUGAAACCAGCACUCCUAACUGGGCAGAAGUGUCAACUAGCAUUGCCCGAAGCUCAAUCAAGGUGACUAAGCUGACCAAGGGAGAGGAGUAUCAGUUCAGGAUCAAGGCUGAGAACCGCUUCGGUGUCAGUGACCAUAUUGACACCAAGCCAAUCAUGAUAAAGCUUCCAUACAUCAUCCCUGGGCCUCCAUCCACACCAUGGCUCGGCUAUGUAUCCAAAGAGAACCUCACAGUCUGCUGGAAUGAGCCAGUCAAUGAUGGUGGAAACACUGUGAUUGGAUAUCAUCUCCAGAUGAAGGAGAGGAGCAGCAUCCUCUGGCAGAAGGUCAAUAAGACGCCAAUCUCAGGAAACCAGUGGCGAGUCACAAACAUCUGCCCUGGCCUCAUCUAUGAAUUCAAGGUGGCAGCUGAAAAUGCCGCCGGUAUUGGAAAGAUGAGCAAGACUUCUGAAGAGGUGCUUGCUAUUGAUGCCUGUGAGCCCCCAGCAAAUGUCCAUAUCACUGAAGUCACCAAGAACUCAAUUAGACUGGCCUGGCAGAGGCCUCCAUACGAUGGUGGCAGCAAGAUUACCGGCUACAGUGUGGAAAGGAGGGAAGCUCCCAGUGGCAGAUGGGUGAAGGCCAACUUCACAAACAUCAUUGAACUGGGCUUCACUGUUUCUGGACUGAACCAGGAUGAGUCUUAUGAGUUCAGAGUAUAUGCCAAGAAUGCUGUUGGGUCCAUCAGUAACCCGUCUCUCAUUGCUGGCCCAGUCACUUGUGUUGACGCGUGUGGUGCCCCUGCUAUUGACCUUCCUCCGGAGUAUCUGGAUGUGGUUCAGUUCAAGGCUGGAGCUUCAGUUAAGCUUAAAGUCGGAAUCAUCGCCAAGCCUCUGCCAACCAUUGAGUGGCUCAAGGACGGAAAGGAGCUGAUAGCAACUUCUACCCUGUCUAUUGAAAGCACCACCGACUCUUCUGCUGUGCUGAUCAAGGAUGCAGCUCGCUUUGACACGGGCUCAUAUGAGGUCAAGAUCAAGAAUGUUCUGGGCUCAGCAUCUGCAACCAUUAGGAUUGAAAUCCUAGACAAACCUGGACCCCCAGCCGGCACCAUUAUAUUCAACUCCAUCACGGCAGACAGGAUAACCUUCAGCUGGCAGCCUGUGCCUGAGUCUGACCAGGGAGGUUUCAAGGUGACCCACUACAUUGUUGAGAGGCGUGAAACCAGCCGAGUGGUCUGGUCGACAAUCUCUGACCAACACGAGCAGACAUAUGCCUCCGUCAACAAGCUAAUGCGUGGAAACGAGUAUGUGUUCCGCGUAAUGGGCGUUAAUAAGUACGGAGUUGGAGAGCCACUGGUGUCGGAGCCUGUCAUCGCUAAGAACGCCUUUGUAACUCCUGGACAGCCUCGUACUCCUGAGGUGAAUACCACAACCAAGACCACCAUGGUGGUAGAAUGGGACAAACCAGGUGUAGACGGAGGUAGCACCGUGACGGGCUACUACCUGGAGAGACGCGACAAGAAGAGCUUGCGCUGGAUCAGAGUUUACAAAGACCCUGUCACUGGCAUCAAACAGACGGUCUACCAUCUGACAGAAGGAAACGAGUACCAAUAUCGCAUCUGUGCCAUUAACAGGGCCGGAGAGGGACCGUUCUCUGAUACGUCAGACUACUACAAGGCUGCUGACCCAGUUGAUCCACCAGAUGAGCCUUGCAAGCUGAAGGUGGUGGACUCCACCAAGACAUCCAUCACCUUGGGCUGGUCCCAGCCAGAAUGGGAUGGAGGCAGUGAGGUCACCAGCUACAUGGUGGAGAAGCUUGUAGAGGGAGAGAAAGAAUGGGCUAUGAUAACCUCCAAGGGAGAGGUCAAGACAACAGAAUACACAGUUCACGACUUAAAACCAGAUGUCAACUACUUCUUCAGAGUCUCUGCUGUCAACUGUGCUGGCCACGGAGAGCCUCUGGAGAUGACGGAGCCCAUUCAAGCUAAGGAUAUCCUGGAGGAGGCCCAGAUCGACUCGGAUGUGGCCAUGAGAACUCACUAUAUUGUGAAGGCUGGCAAGGACGUGGAGCUGUCUGUUCCCCUGAAGGGCAGACCUGCUCCCACUGCUUCCUGGAGUAAGGGAGAAGAAUGCAUUGACCGUGACCCCAAAUACGAGUUCCACCACUCAGACACCACCACAGUUCUUGUGAUGCGUGAGGUGACCAAGCUGGACACCGGAAAGUACAAAGUGAAGCUCGAGAAUGGCGUCGGAGAGCCAAAGUCGCUAACCCUGUCCAUGAAGGUCCAGGAUACUCCAGCUCAGUGCAGGAACCUGGUCCUGAAGGACGUGACCCGUGGACAGGUCACUCUAUGCUGGGAGCCUCCACUUCUCGACGGCGGUGCUGAGAUCACACACUACAUUGUUGAGAAGAGGGACUCCUCCAAGAGAUCCUACUCUGCAGUGGCAAGCAAAUGCACGGACACAACAUACACCAUUGAAGACCUCUCAGAGAAGACAUCCUUCUUCUUCCGCGUGUUAGCAGAAAAUGAGAAUGGUGUUGGUGAUCCAUGUGAAACACUUGACCCUGUGAAGGCCACAGAGACUCCAGGACCAGUGAAGGAGGUUUCUAUGAAGGAUUCAUCAAAGACCUCCGUCACUCUGCAGUGGCUGAAGCCUGAUUACGAUGGCGGCAGCAUCAUCUCUGACUACGUCAUUGAGCAGAAGCUGAAGGACCAGGACUGGUCAAUGGAAGGAAUCAGCAGACAGUGUGAGUUUGAAGUCAAGAAACUCAAGGAGCACUCAGACGUGUUCUUCAGAAUUGCUGCCAGGAAUGACAAGGGACGGGGUGACUUCAUUGAGAUUGGGCCUAUCAAGGUUAUUGACUACAUUAUCACACCUGAGGCAAGCCUCGCAGAGUACCCAGGUGGCCGUAUCAAUGUUCGUCUGGGUCACAAUGUGCACAUCGAGCUGCCAUAUGUAGGUAAACCCAAACCUUCUAUCCUGUGGCUGAAGGACAACCUGCCUCUGAAGGAGAGUGACAUAAUCCGCUUCAAGAAGACAGAAAACAAAGCCACUCUAAUGAUUAAGAAUGUAACAAAGGAGAAUGAGGGUAGAUACACUCUGACCCUUGACAAUAAAGUCAAUAGGAAAUCAGUCCACAUCCAUGUCAUCACACUUGGACCUCCAUCAAAGCCUGUUGGACCCAUCCGCCUGGAUGAAGUGAGAGCUGAGAGCAUCAUGAUCUCCUGGGAUGAACCCAAUGACGACGGUGGUGGAGACAUCACCUGCUACGCUGUAGAGAAGCGUGACACCUCCAAGUCUGACUGGAAGAUGGCCUGCUCCAGUGUAGUGGAUACUCAGUUCAAGGUCCCCAACCUGAUCAAGGGUGUCCAGUACCAGUUCAGAGUGAGUGCUGAGAACAGAUACGGUGUCAGCGAGCCUCUUGUAUCCCAGAUAGUCAUUGCCAAGCACCAGUUCAGGCCUCCAGGCCCACCAGGCAAGCCUGUUGUAUACAACGUCACCAACGAUGGCAUGACCAUCCAGUGGGAGCAGCCCAUUUAUGAUGGCGGUACCCCCAUCCAGGGCUUCCAUGUGGAGAAGAGGGAAAAGAAUAGCAUCAUGUGGCAAAAGGUAAACACUAUGCUGAUCAAAGAAACGGAUUUCAGAAUCUUGGAGCUCAUUGAAGGUCUUGAGUACUCCUUCAGAGUCUACGCCCAGAACGACUCUGGCUUCAGCCGGAUGAGUGAUGAGAGCAAGCCAAUCAUGGCUGUCAGUCCUGUUGAUCCUCCUGGUCAGCCCGACUACACUGACGUGACAAGUGACUCAGUGACACUGAAAUGGGAUGCCCCCAAACGUGAUGGUGGUAGCAAGAUUACCAGCUACAGCCUUGAGAAACGCCAAGGACAUGGACGCUGGUUCAAGGCCAACUUGUCUGAUGUACAUGACUGCCUGUACACCGUCACUGGGUUGGCAACAAAUGAACGCUACGAGUUCAGAGUGACUGCCAGAAAUUCAAUCGGUGUCGUCAGUCCUCCCUCCAACUCCUCUGGCUUGAUUGUGGUCAGAAGUGAGAACGCUACUCCUAACAUUGAGUUUGGCCCAGAGUACUUUGAGGGUUUGACGGUGAAGGCAGGAGAUAAAAUCAGGCUGAAGGCGACCAUCACCGGACGCCCUGUUCCCAAGGUCGUCUGGUUCAGAGACGGUGUGGAGGUCACCAAAAGGAUGAUGGACAUCAUCAAUGAAGCUGGAUCCAGCACCCUGUUUGUCAGGGACGCUGAUCGUACACACCGUGGCCACUACACUGUGGAGGCUACCAACGGAUCUGGAAGCCGGAAGGAGAAUAUCCUUGUUCAAGUCCAAGACACACCUGGGGAGCCGGUGGGACCCAUGACUUUCAGCAACAUCUCAGAGGGUAAAUGCACUCUGACUUGGAACCCACCGGAGAAUGACGGCUGCUCAGAGAUUACGCAUUACAUCAUUGAGAGGCGUGAGACUGCCAAGAUUUCUUGGUCUUUGGUGUCUGACGAAUGUACAGAGUGCAAUUUCAAUGUAACCAAGCUCAUCAAGACCAAUGAGUACCAGUUCAGGGCCUCUGCUGUUAACAAGUUUGGAGUUGGCAGACCUUUGGAGUCCAGCCCAGUCAUUGCACAGAUGCAAUACACUACUCCUGAUGCUCCAGGCACUCCUGAUGCUACUGAAACGACAGGAGAGAGCAUCACACUGUCGUGGACUCCUCCGACAUCUGAUGGAGGAAACCCCAUUCAGCAUUACCUCCUGGAGAAACGGGAAAAGAAGACUGUCCGAUUCUACAAGGUGACUACCAAGAAGCCCAUCGUCGAAUGUGCUCACAAGGUGCUCCACCUGACAGAGGAUAUGGAAUACGAGUUCCGUGUCAUGGCCGUGAACGAUGCUGGUGCUGGAGCUCCUAGCAGCAUCUCUAUACCUAUCAAAGCUUCCGAGCCAAAGGAUAUUCCUUGUGCUCCAUCUGUGGUCUGUGUGUCCGACUCCACCAACACCUCCAUCAGCCUGGAAUGGUCCAGGCCAGCUGAGGACGGAGGCAUGGAGAUCAUGGGCUACAUUAUUGAAAUGGUGAAGGGAGAAGAGACCGAAUGGAAGAGAGUAAAUGAGGAGCUGGUGGCAGAAACAAAUUACACGGUGACUGGUCUACAGACAGGAGCUGAGUACAAGUUACGUGUUGCAGCUGUAAACCAUGUGGGUAGAGGCGAUGACAAGGAGAUUCCAGAGCCUGCUCAGGCUGUAGACAGGCUAACACCACCACAGGUGGAUAUUGACGCCACCUUCAAGCAGACAUACAUUGUCAAGCCUGGAGGCUCAGUGUGCUUGGGCAUCCACUUCAGAGGAAAGCCAAUUCCCAAUGCCACAUGGGUGAAGGAAGAAGGCAAGCUGGGCGUCAUGUCAGAGGUCACAACUACAGAUGGAUACAGUUCUUUAAGCAUUGAAAACUGUUCAAGAAAUGAUACAGGCAAAUACACUGUUAACCUGGAGAACGCUAGUGGCAGCAAGGCCAUUACAUUCACUGUAAAGGUUUUGGACACUCCUGGACCUCCACAAGCUGUUGCCUUGAAGGAGGUGUCCAGAGGCUCGGUCACAGUUAUCUGGGAGCCUUCUCUCAAUGACGGUGGAGCACGAAUCCAUCACUAUAUUGUUGAGAGGCGCGAGGCUAGCCGUCGCACAUGGCAGCAGUCUGGUGGCAAAUGCAAGCAACAUAUCCUGAAGAUCCAGGACCUGCUGGAGGGAGUGCCAUACUUCUUCAGGGUCUCAGCCGAGAACCAGAACGGUGUGGGUGAGGCAUUUGAGCUCACUGAGCCUGUCAUUGCCACCGCAGAGCCAGCAUCACCAAAGAGAAUGGACAUCCUGGAUACCACAGACAGCUCUGUUGUCCUGGGCUGGCUGAAACCAGAGCAUGAUGGUGGCAGCCGCAUUCAGUGUUACAUCAUUGAGGCUAAGCCAAAGGGUGCAGACAAAUGGGUAAUGGUUGGCAACACCAAUAAUCUCACCUAUGUGGUUGAAAAGCUCAACAAGGGUGAUGAGUAUGACUUCCGUGUGAAGGCCAAAAAUGAAUCGGGUUCCAGCACACCCAGAGAAACUCUGGCACCUGUGCUAGUCAAAGAGCCUCAUAUUGAACCUGCUGCUGACCUCAGUGAGAUUACCAACCAGCUCAUCACAUGUAAUUCUGGCAGAACCUUCAUCAUUGAUGUUCCCAUUACUGGUAGACCUGCUCCGAAGGUCACCUGGAAGCUGGAAGAGAUGAGGCUAAAGAACUCAGACAGAGUCUCCAUCCAAACAACUAAGGACAGAACCAGCAUCUCACUCAAGGAGGCGAUGAGAGGAGAUGGUGGUAAAUACUACCUGACUCUGGAGAACGUGGCUGGAACCAGGACGUUCACUAUUGAAGUUAUUGUCACAGGUAGACCCAGUCCUCCAACCGGACCCAUCGAAAUCUCAUCCAUCACCUCUGAGUCCUGUGUCAUUAACUGGCAAGCACCAGAGGAUGAUGGUGGCACUGGAAUCACCAACUACAUCCUGGAGAAGCGAGAGUCUGGCUCCACCGCCUGGCAGCUGAUCAACUCCAGCAUUAGGCGCACAUCUCUCGAUGUCAGUCACUUGACCAAGUACAUGCAGUACACAUUCAGGGUCUCUGCUGAGAAUAGAUUUGGUGUCAGCAAGCACACUGAGUCUGAGACUAUUGUUGCAGAGCAUCCUUUCACACCUCCUGGCCCUCCAACAAGGCCUUCAGUCUUCAAUGUCACUGCUAACACAAUGACCAUAAAAUGGGAGGAGCCCUACCAUGAUGGCGGAAGCAAGGUGACAGGCUACUGGAUCGAGAAGAAGGAGAGGAACAAUAUCCUGUGGGUGAGGGAGAACAAGAUCCCUUGCUUUGACUGCUACUGCAAGAUGGAAGGCCUAGUUGAAGGCCUAGAGUACCAGUUCAGGGUGUAUGCCAUGAACAGUGCUGGACUAAGCAAAGCCAGCGAGGCCUCCAAGGGAGCAGUUGCUCAAAACCCAGUUGAUUCACCAAGUAAGCCAGAAGUCACAAAUGUUACAAGAAGUACUGUGUCCCUCAAAUGGUCGGCUCCACUCAACAAUGGUGGUAGUCCGAUUGUGGGCUACAUCAUUGAGCGUAAGCCGUACACUUUGACGGGUGAAGGCCGCUGGCUCAAGUGUAACUACACCAAUGUGGUGGACACUUUCUACACCGUUACCGCCCUGGGAGAAGGAGAGCCCUAUGAGUUCAGAGUCAUCGCCAAGAAUGCCAACCAGGUCUUCAGCAUCUCCUCGCAGUCCACUGGCUCUGUGCAGUGCAAGACCGACUUCGAGCCUCCAAAGGCCCAGCUGGACAGCAAACUCCUGACUGAAACCGUCAGGGUCAGAGCUGGUUCAGACCUGGUUCUGGACGCUGCUGUGGGAGGCAGGCCGGACCCCAAGGCUUCCUGGUCAAAGGGCAGCAGGGAUCUGGAGCUGUGUGAAAAGUACCACCUGCAGUACACCUCCACCAAGGCCAUGGCCAUCAUCAAGUUCUGUGACAGAGAUGACACUGGAAAGUACAUCCUCACGGUCAGGAACGUAAGCGGAACCAAGACUGCUGAGGUUAACGUCAAAGUGCUUGACACCCCUGGAGUAUGUGAAGGCUGCAUUGAGGUCAGCAAGAUCACAGAGGAGUCGUGCACACUGAGCUGGAAGCCUCCUCUCGAGGAUGGCGGUGACGAGAUCUCCCACUUUAUCGUAGAGAGGCGAGACACCAACAGACUCAACUGGGUCAUCAUGCAUGUCGAGUGCAAAGAGCUCACCUGCAACAUCACAGGACUGUUCAAGAACACAGAGUACCUGUUCAGAGUCCGGGGAGUCAACAAAUACGGAGCUGGAGUCCACCUGCAGUCCGAGGCCAUGGUAGCCAGAAACACUUUCACUGUGCCAACUCCUCCUGGCACUCCAGAGAUCCUGGUGUCAGGAGAGGACUUUGCCACCAUCGAGUGGCUGAAGCCAGAGAGCGAUGGAGGCAGCCCGCUGAUCCACUACCUGGUGGAGAGGCGCGAGAGAAAGAGUGCCCACUGGGUGAAGGUGAACAGAGACGGAGCUUUCCUGGACACCAUGCUGAAGGUGUCCGGUUUGACUGAAGGCAACAUCUACCAGUUCAGAGUGACGGCCAUCAAUAAGGCCGGAGAGAGCGAACCCAGCGAGGUUUCUCUGUACAUCGUCUGCAGAGUGCCAACAUGCACCCCUGCUCCUCCUUCCAUCCCUCGUAUCACCGACACUCACGCCGACAGUAUCAGCCUGGCCUGGUCCCGGCCCGUGGAUGACGGAGGAGCUGAUGUGAUGGGCUACAUCCUGGAGAUGCAGGAAGCCGGAGCAGAGGAAUGGAAGAAGGCCCAUGAGAAGACUUUACAUGCUGCAGAGUACGUGGUGACCGGACUUUCUGCAGGCAAGAAGUAUUGCUUCAGAGUGGCCGGUAUCAACAUCAACGGCACAGGAGACUUCAGUGAACCAUGUGCUGAGACUGAGCCAGUAGAGAGAAUUGAAACUCCUGACUUUGAGCUCCACGAUGACCUGAAGAAGACCAUCUGUCUGCGCGCUGGUGGAUCCCUCCGCCUGUUCGUAAACGUUACUGGUCGUCCCGCUCCCGCCAUCACUUGGAGCAAACCUGGUGUUGAACUCCACAACAGAGGCUUCAUUGAUGUCACCACCACAUCUACCACGCUCAUCAUCGAUAGGGUCCACCGCUACGAUGCUGGCAAGUACACGCUGGUAGCCGAGAAUUCUGCCGGGAAACAGGAAGUCAACAUUCUGGUCAAGGUCUAUGAUACUCCUGGACCAACUGGAGCAGUUAAGAUCAAGGAGCUGACUAAAGAGUCUGCAACCAUUUCUUGGGAAGCCCCAACUGUCGAUGGCAGUGCUCCUGUCAACAACUACAUCAUUGAGAGGCGUGAGGCCUCCAUGAGAGCCUACAAGACCGUCACCUCCAAGUGCAGUAAGACCUCUUACAAGAUCGACGGCCUCAUGGAGGGCAUGCUGUACUACUUCCGGGUCCUCCCUGAGAACAUCUAUGGCAUCGGUGUGCCCUGUGAGACUCCCGACGUCAUCCUGGUUUGCGAGGUGCCUCUGCAGCCACACAAGCUGGAGAUGAUCGACGUCACCAAGAGCACCGUCACCCUGGGCUGGGAGAAGCCCGAGCACGAUGGUGGCAGCAGACUGACGGGCUACGUCAUCGAGGCCUGCAAGUUUGGCACUGACAAGUGGAUGAAGGUGGCCACGCUGAAGACCACUGACUUUGAGCACACCAUCGAGAAGCUGAACGAGAGCGAGCAGUACUUGUUUAGGAUCAGAGCGAUCAACAGCAGAGGAGCCAGCGAGCCCAAAGAGCUUGUUACUGCCAUCACUGUACAGGAACAGAGAGUAAUGCCUGUGGUGGACUUCUCCAGUAUUCCUCAGAAAGUUGUCAAUGUUCUAGCCGGCAAGACUCUGGAGUUGGACCUGCCCCUCAUUGGCAGGCCUCCUCCCAUCUGCUCCUGGUACUUCAGAGAUAACAAGAUGAAAGUCACAGAUCGUGUCACGAUCAAGAGCACUGGCAAGUUCUCCAAACUGACUGUGUCUCAGACCACUAUCGAUGACACUGGUGACUACUCCCUAGAGGUGAAGAAUGCUGUCGGUGUUAUCACCGAGGUCAUCAAGGUCAUCAUCCUCUCUAAACCUGAUGAACCAAAGGGACCCUUCAGGAUUGAUGAGAUUGAUGCUACCACCGUCAGCUGCAGCUGGGAUCCUCCAGCCAGAGAUGGCGGAGCUCCCAUCAGUGGCUACGCAGUGGAGCAACGUGAUGCUCACAGACCCGGCUGGGUGCCCGUCUGCGAUUCUGUUAGCCGACCAACUUUCAAGUUUGACAACCUGAUUGAGAGAGAUGAGUAUGUCUUCCGUGCAGCUGCCAUUAAUCGCUACGGCACUGGAGAAUUCCUUCAAUCUGAGAUCAUCACCUGCAGGAGCUUGAAGAAUGUGCCUGGACCUCCUGGCCGUCCAACCAUCUUUGAUGUUUCUCGUGAUGGCAUGACCGUGGCCUGGAACCCGCCAGAAGAAGACGGCGGCCUUGAUGUUUCUGGGUACAUCAUCGAGCGCAAAGAAGUCAGGUCUGACAGAUGGGUGCGAGCCAACAAGAAUCCCAUCACCAUGACCAGAUACAGGUCGACAGAGCUUAUUGAGGGCCUGGAGUAUGAACACAGAAUCACUGCCCUCAAUGCCAGAGGACUUAGCAAACCAAGUCUGGUAUCCAAACCAGCAGUGGCAACAGAUCCCAUUGAUCCACCUGGCUGUCCUCAGAACCCAAGGAUCACCGAUACCACCAAAUCCUCCGUGUCGCUGGCUUGGAGUCCUCCCGAUGAUGAGGGAGAUGCAAGGGUGGAUGGUUACCUGAUUGAGAUGCAGAAGGUGGGCACCAUGCCUUGGAUCAAGUGCAACACCACACCAUCUUUAAUCUGCGAGUACACCCUGACCAAAAUGCCACAAGGAAAGGAGUUCAAAUUCCGUGUGAUGGCCUGCAAUGCUGGUGGCUUCGGAGAACCUGCUGAAGUCCCUGGAACUGUGGCUGUGACCGAGAUGCUUGAAUCUCCUGACUAUGAACUUGAGCUGAAAUACAAAGACGUGUACGUCGUACGCCAUGGAGGUGUGGUUAGACUCUCUUUGCCCAUUAAGGGUAAACCUCAUCCAACCUGCAAGUGGUCCAAGGAUAGUGGUGCAGUCUCCACCAAGGCCAUGAUUGCCUCCACGGAGGAUGCCAGUGAGCUUGUGAUCAAGGGAGCCGAGAGGAGUGAUUCUGGAGUGUACGACCUCCUGCUGGAGAAUAGGGUUGGCAGGAAGAAGGCCCAAAUCAAGGUGAAGGUCAUCAGCCGCCCAAGUGCUCCGGAGGGACCAAUGGUCUUUGAGGAGAUUCAGGCCAACUCUGUCAAGGUGUCCUGGAAGAUGCCCACGGAUGACGGUGGCUCAGAGAUCCUGGGUUACAUCGUAGAAAGACGCGAGGCAGCCAGAAAUGCCUGGUACAUAGUGGACUCUAGAGUGACUGACACUCAUCUGGCUGUCAAGGGCCUGAAGGAGGGAACAGAGUACCACUUCAAGGUCACAGCUGAAAACUCCUUCGGUGUCAGCGCCUCUCUGAAGUCAGAGCAGCCACUGGUACCCAAGACUCCUCUCUGUCGCCCUGAGCCUUCAAGCACUCCACCAGAGAUCAUGGACAUCACCAAGAGCUCCGUGGCAUUGGCCUGGUCCAGACCAAAGGACGAUGGUGGUUCUACCAUCACUGGCUACUUUGUUGAGUACAAGGUAGUGUCCGCUGAAACGUGGUCCCGACACCAGACCAAGAUCACCUCUACCAUGUUUACUCUGCCUGGACUCACUCCUGAUGCAGAUUACCAGUUCCGCAUUGUUGCCAUCAACAACAUCGGCGAGAGUGAGGCUGGUCCUGUGUCUGACCCAGUCACAUGCAAGGAUCCUUUCGACAAACCAAGUCAACCAGGCGAGAUCGACACAGUGAACGUAACAAAGAACUUCAUCACCAUCCGCUGGCAAGCUCCAGAGUGCGAUGGUGGAAAGGAGGUCUUGGGCUACUGGGUGGAGUACAGGAAGUCCAUUGAGAGCACCUGGAAGAAGUCCAACAAGCAGAGACUGAAGGAAAAGGAAUUCACCAUGCCUGGACUGGCUGAGGCAACAGAGUACGAGUUCAGAGUGUUUGCUGAGAAUGAGACAGGAAUGAGUCGACCUCGUAGAACUGCCACAUGCAUCAAGACCAAACUGAGUGUUGAAACUAAACCAGGCCUGAGAAAGGAAAUGGAUGAAGUGACUGCCAAGCUUGGCCAGCCUGGUAUCAUGAAGUGCCAGAUUAUUGGCAGACCUGUCCCUGACAUCAAGUGGUACCAUGCCGGCAAGGAGAUUGUUGAGUCUCGCAAGUAUGAGAUGAGCUCUGAUGGCCGCAACCAUUCGCUGUCUAUUAUGACGGAUCAGACGGAGGACGAGGGAGAGUACACCUGCAAGGCCAUCAACGACGCCGGAGAAGCCGAGACCACAGGCGUUCUGGUGUUGGAGGCUGCUGCAUCCUUCCACCCUGAUUACUCGCUGAAGGAAACCUACUACGCCGGCCUGGGAUCCACUCUGCGUAUCCAUGCCGUCUACAUCGGCCGUCCUGAGCCAAAGAUCUUGUGGCUGCAUGGGGCAAAGACCCUGGAGAACUCAGAGGACAUCAGCAUUGAAACCACUGAGCACUACACGCACCUGGUGAUCAAGAAUGUGCAGCGCAGAAUUCAUGGAGGCAAAUACAGGAUCAGACUGCACAACCACUUUGGCAGGGCCGACACCGCAUUCAAUGUUGAGAUUUACGACAAACCUGAGAUGCCUCAGGGUCCCAUUGUGCUGGAAGCUCUCCUGAAGAACUCCGUCAUAAUCAGCUGGAAGGCUCCCCAGGACGACGGAGGCUGCAUGAUUACCAACUACAUUGUGGAGAAACGCGAGGACAAGGAGGGCACCGAGUGGGAACUGGUGUCGUCAUCCAUUAAUGGCAUAUCCUGCCGUGUGCCCAACCUCAUUGACAGCGCCAGAUACUUCUUCCGCGUGUACGCCCAGAAUCGCUAUGGUAACAGUGAGCCACUGGAACUCACAUCCCCCAUCCUUAUCAAGAGCCAGCUGGAGGAACCAUCACCACCUGUGUCGCCAGUUGUUUCUGGAAUCACCAAGGACUCCUGCGUGGUUUCCUGGAAGCCUCCAUUCAGCGAUGGCGGCUCCAAGAUCAAGAGCUAUUGCCUUGAGAAGAAGCACAAGAAGGACAAGAAGGAAUGGAGCGAUUGGAGUCCGGUGACCACAGACGAGAUCAAACAGACGGUGUUCUCCGUCAAGCGUCUGACCGAGGGCGUCGAGUGCAUCUUCCGUGUGAAGUGCGAGAACCUGGGGGGAGAGAGUGACUACAGCGAGGAGACCGCUCCCAUCGUUCCAGCCACAGCAGUUGAGGUUCGUGCUCCUGCUUUCAAGGAAGAGCUGAGGAACAUGAGCGUCAAGUACAAUAGCAAUGCUACCCUUGUCUGCAAGAUCACAGGGCAGCCAAAGCCUGUGAUUAAAUGGUUCAGACGAGGAAAGGAGAUCCACUCUGAUGGCAAAAAGAUCAAGAUACAGGAGUUCAAGGGAGGUUACCACCAGCUGGUCAUCACCGAGGCGGUUGAGGAAGACUCCACUGUGUACCAGAUCAGGGCCACCAAUCAAGGAGGCUCCAUCUGUGCUACAGUCUCUCUGGAUGUGGAAGUCCCUGCCAAGAUUAACCUGCCAAAGAACCUGAAGGACAAGGAAGCCAUCCCUGCCCUGCGUGGAGAGGUCGUCAAUAUCAAGAUUCCUUUCAGCGGCAAACCAGAUCCUGUCAUCACAUGGCAGAAGGGACAAGAUCUUAUUGACAGCAAUGGCCACUACCAGGUCAUUGUCACCAGAUCAUUUACUUCUUUGGUGUUCACCAACGGAGUCGAGAAGAAGGAUGCUGGUUUCUACAUUGUCUGUGCCAAGAACAGAUUUGGCAUUGACCAGCAGACAGUUGAGCUGGAUGUAGCUGACGUUCCUGAUCCUCCACGUGGUGUCAAAGCCAGUGACGUCUCCAGAGACUCGGUCACACUGAACUGGGUAGCCCCAGCGAAUGAUGGAGGCAGCAGGGUAAUUUGCUACAUCAUUGAGAAGUGCCCCACCACUGCUGAGAGGUGGGAGCGCGUUGCCCAGUCCCGUGACACCCACUACACCGUUACCAAUCUUUUUGGAGGAACCAGCUAUCAGUUCAGAAUCAUCGCUGAGAACAAAUUUGGACAGAGUGCUCCAUCUGAGACCAGCGGACCUGUCAUGACCAAGGAGGACAAAUCAAGAGUUCUGCUCUAUGACAGAGAGGUUAACGACACUGGACGUGUCCCCAAGGGCAAGGCUCACUCUGAUGCCAAGAACAUGCACAACAAAUAUGCCAUUGCAGAGGAAUUGGGCAGAGGUCAGUUUGGCAUUGUCCACCGCUGUGUCAACAUCAGCUCUGAGACAACCUACAUGGCUAAAUUCUUCAAGGUGAGAGGCGCUGAUCAAGCAAUUGUCAAGAAGGAAAUUGCAACAUUGAAUCUGGCCAAACAUACCAACUACCUUCUCCUCCACGAGUCUUAUGAAAGCCCAGAGGAGCUGGUGAUGAUCUAUGACUUCAUCUCUGGCGUUGACAUUUUUGAACGCCUCAACACAGCUGAGUUUGAGCUUAAUGAGCGUGAGAUUGUCAACUACAUCAGGCAGAUCUGCUCAGCUCUUGAGUUCCUGCACACUGAGAGCUAUGGACACUUUGAUAUCAGACCAGAGAACAUUGUGUACACAACUAGAACCAGCUCUAAUGUGAAGAUUAUUGAGUUGGGCCAGUCCAGACACCUGACUCCUGGAGACCAAAUCAAGAUCCAGUAUACCGCUGCAGAGUAUGCUGCCCCUGAGAUCCACCAGUGUGACAUGGUUAGCACCGUCACUGACAUGUGGUCAGUUGGUGUCCUUGCCUAUGUGCUCCUCAUUGGACUGAAUCCAUUCACAGCUGAGACCAACCAACAGAUGAUUGACAACAUCUCAAAUGCAGCUUACAGCUACGAUGACGAGUCCUUCAAGCAGGUCAGUGUCGAGGCAUUAGACUUCACCGAUCGCUUAAUGACUAAGGAACGUAAGCAUCGUAUGACUGCUGCUGAGGCUCUGGCACAUCCAUGGCUGACCAAGUCCACAGAGGAGAUCGGCACCAGAGCCAUCCCAACAGGAAGGCACAAGAGAUACUACCAGACAAUGGUGAAGAAAGAGUGGAAAACUGUUGUCUCUGCAGCUCGUGUGGCCAGCGGGGGCUCCAUCAGAUCCCAGCGUGGUGUCUUCAUCGCCAAGGUGAAGAUCGCUCCAUUUGAACACGGUCCUGUUGGAGGCCAGAUCAGCCAUGCAGUGGUGAAUGAGGGCGACAAUGUGAAAUUCAUCUGCAACAUUGAUAACUAUGAUAGCACUACUGAAGUGACAUGGUACUGUGGCGUCAGGCAACUUGAAGCUGGUGACAAAUAUGAAAUUAAGUUUGAGGAUGGCCUUGCUGUAAUCACCAUCAACAAUGUCACAAGAGCAGAUGAUGGCACUUACAGGUGCAAGGUUGUGAAUGAGUAUGGUGAGGACAGUGCCUACGCAGAGCUGUUUAUCAACGGGGUUAGAUCUUACCGUGACUUCUUCACCACCCGUGUGGUCAAGAAAAUAAAGCGCAGAGUCGACACUGCCAGAAUGCUUCAGAAGCCACCGGAGUUCACCCUUCCUCUGGUAAACUGUACAGCCUACAUUGGUGAGGAUGUGCGCUUUAGUGUGACCAUCACUGUUCACCCUGAGCCUCGUGUCAUCUGGCACAAAUCCGGACAGAAGCUCAUCCCUGGAGAAGAUGACAAGAAAUACACCUUCAUCAGCGACAAGGGUCUGUACCAGAUGAUUAUCCACAAACUUGAUGAUGAGGAUGAUGCUGAGUACAGCGUUGUGGCCCGUAACAGGUAUGGAGACGACAGCUGCAAGGCCCGUCUUACUGUUGUUCCUCGACCUAAACCGGCAGACCUCACCCUAAGGCCCAUGUUCAAACGUCUGCUCGCAAAUGUCGAGUGCAGGGAGGGCCAGAAUGUACGCUUUGAGAUUAGAGUAUCGGGCCAUCCCCAACUGAAGUGGGAGAAGGACGGUAUGCCUUUAGCCUUUGGACCAUCUAUUGAGGUUGUGCAUGAAGGUCUGGAUUACUUCAUCCUUCACGUGAAAGACACUCUCCCUGAGGACUCUGGUGUGUACAGAGUUACUGCUACCAACUCUGCUGGAUCUGCCAGUUGCCAGGCUAUGCUCAAAGUAGAACGCGUCACUCAUGUAAAGAAGGAAUAUGAGCCCAGUGAAAAGGAGAAAAAAUUGAUGGCUGGAAAGGCAGAAUUGGACAAAAAGGUUAGGCUGUCUCAGAUUUUGUCUGACACCGUCUUUAUACCUUUACCGCCCAUCGCAGUACAAGCUGUCAGGGAGGCAGCCACCAUGUUCACACCUGCUGUGACGACAAAGAAGGGUGAGAAGACCGAGGCUGAGAUGCAGAAAGAAAAAGAGGAGAGGAAGAAACGGGCAGAUGAGAAGAGGCUGCGUAUGCCUUAUGACGUCCCCCCUCCUCGAGUCUUUAACCCAGCUGUUCUUGAGGAGGACGUGGAAAUAAAACACUUCCAGCCGUUCUCUGACAUGAAAUGGUACAAGAAGCUGCGGGACCAGUACGAGUUCCCUGAGCCAAUGGACAAAAUCAAGCAGAAGAGGAUGAAGCGUAUCCGCCUCUCCAGGUGGGAGCAGUUCUAUGAGGUGCCAAUCAGGAUCAAGGACCAGUAUAAGCUUAAGUGGCGCAUCUCGGACAUGACUCAGGAUGACUUGGAGAUUGUGAGGCCUGCAAGGCAUCGCACUCCUUCCCCUGAGAUGGACGCCUACCACAGGAUUAGGAGGAGGUCCCUGGGUGACCUGUCGGAUGAGGAGCUACUGCUGCCUGUGAAUGAGUACCUGUCCAUGAAGAGAACCGAGGAGGAGAGGCUUCGUCUGGAGGAUGAGCUGGAGUAUGGUUACUCAGCUUCUCCACCCAGCCUCAGCCCAGUUCGCUUUGAGCUGUCUGCCCUGCGUCCUUCAUCUCCAAGAAAAGUCUACAGCGAUGAUGAAGAAGGAGACGAAAUCCGCAAAUAUGACUCCUACCGAAUUCCAUCUAAAUACGAGGCUGGCCCAAGUUUUGUUGACCUCCGCCAGCGUCAUGACAAAGCCACAUACAGACCUCCAAGGCAGAAGGUGUAUGAAGAGAGAGAAGAUCAGGAGCUGCUGCGCCCACACACAACUGCUCAGAGAAUGUCCGCUUACAAGAGUGAACUCAAGCGCAUGGAGUUUGAGGAGAAGACUCGAGCCUUCAAAAAGGAAUCAACUGUCACUGUUGCAACAUACUCUCAGGGCAUUGAAUCUGAGCACCUGUCAUCUUUUACCUCAGAAUAUGUUCCUAAACCAAUCAAGAAGCUCCAACUGCCUGAACUCGCGAGGACAUCCCCUACCCCAGGACGGGCUGCCAAGACUGAAGUGACCAUUCCUAAAGUUGACUUUGCUUCCAGGUAUGAGGAGAGAAAGCAGGCUCUGAGAUCAGAGAGGAGAUCAGUGGAGAGGACCUUUGAGGUGGUGACACAGGCUCCUUUCAGUCUUGACCACCGCCCACGUAUUACCAUCAGGAUGCGAUCUCAUCGCGUACCUCAUGGGUCCAGCACAAAGUUCACCCUGAAUGUCCAGGCCAAACCAGAUCCUGAGGUCAAGUGGUUCCACAAUGACAAGGAGAUUCAUCAGACAAGCAAGUACCACAUGACCAACAUCAGUGGAGUUCUGACUCUGAAGAUCAGCAACUGUGUGACUGAAGAUGCCGGCACUUACCGCGUGGUCUGCAAGAACACCAAAGGAGAGACUACCGACUAUGCCACAUUGGAUGUAGCAGGAGAAGAAUAUGCUGCCUUCUCUUCAUUCCGGAAAGAUGAAGAGCCUCCAUCCUCCCAUCUGCCAGAAAUGACCAGAACAGAGGUUUAUCACGUCUCCUCCUCCAAAACGACAGUGAAGGAAAGUGUGACUGAAACUGUGAAAAAGACCACCACUGUUGUUGAGAAGCCAAGGGAGAAGCCUGGUGUUCCUACCAAGAUCCUGACCAAACCACGGUCCCUGACUGUAGAGGAGGGAAGCCUCGCCAGGUUUGAGUGUGAUGUGGAUGGCGAACCAGCACCUUCUAUUUCCUGGCUGCAUAAUGGAGCAGUUAUCGGUUCCUCUGCCCGUCACUACAUCGUCUCUACUCAGUACAGCUCCUCCUUCGAGAUCUCAUGUGUUGAGACGUCAGAUGAAGGCAGCUACACUCUGCUGGUGGAAAAUGCUGGAGGCAAACAAGAGGCCCAAUUCAGUCUGACCAUUCGCAAGUCUGAGUCCAAGGAGAAAGUAGUCGCCCCUCCCAGAAUCACCUCCCCAGAGGCUAAGUCCCCUCUUGCCAAAUCCCCUGAACCGGUCAAAACUCUUCAGAGAGUCAAGUCCCCUGAACCAAUCAAGUCACCUCAGAGAAUAAAGUCUCCAGUCACACCAAAGUCCCCUACUCCCAAAUCCCCAGCUCCAUCUGAGAAGGAAUCGGGGACUUCUCCAAUCAAGUCACCAAAGAGAGUGAUGUCACCAACUCUUGAAAAGAAGCCGUCCUUCUCCAUCGGAUUGAGCGACGUCACUGCAGCUCCUGACUCUGUCGUCAAGCUCUCCGUGAAGGUAACCGGAGAGCCCAAACCUGCCAUCUCAUGGAUGAAGGACGGAGAGGCUUUGUCUCAGGGAGGGAAGUAUGAAAUCUUUGAGGAGAGUGGCUCAGCUUCUCUUGAGAUCUAUGAAAUGGAGGUCUCUGAUAGUGGGCUGUACAAGUGCACCGCUACCACCGGUGCUGGAGUGGUGUCGACAACCUGCACAGUCACUGUACGAGGUAAGACCUUGGUAACACCGCUGGUGGAAGCAAGUAUCCCUCGUAAACCUGCAGCUGAAACCAUUCAAACUGUUUCCUAACAUGAACUCUUUACAUUUAUUUCCCUUUUAGGCUCCAAAAGCUGCACGGCUAAGCGCUCAGACGCACCCCACAUCCUGGUGCAGCCCAGGUCCCAGAACGUGAUCGAGGGACAAAAUGUCAAAUUCACGUGUGAACUUGCAGGAGAGCCUUCCCCUGAAGUGGAGUGGUUGAAAGACAACAUGAUUAUUUCUGUCACAUCAAACAUCAGGCUGAGCCGCUUCAAGACUGAGUACAUUCUGGAGAUUUGUGAAGCUACAGUUGCAGACAGCGGAAAAUACACGAUAAAAGCUCAAAAUCAGUUUGGACAGUGCUCUGCAACAUCCUCCCUCAACGUCAUCACUCUUGUUGAAGAAGCAACAACACAAAUGAUAAUUGUGGAGCAAAGAGCUUCUACUGACGCUGCUGCUGCCAGCAUGCAGAAACAUUUAUCUGGCUCAUCGGCUCUCAUGGAGGCGGCUUCCAUGCAGGCCAAGUAUUCGUUUGAGAGCACGUCUGCGUCUCACAUGUCCGCCAUGACAGCUGAGUCCAUGCUUUCCAUGAGCUCCAGCAGCCAAAUGGUGGAAACGUCUGCUCGUUCGCAUGUCGAGGCCGCGGUUAAAAGAGGCGCUCCACCAAAGAUCGAAGCUCUUCCCCAGGAUGUCAUUGCCGAGCGUGGGAGGUCCCUGACGGUGGCAGGUGUUUUCUCUGGAGACCCGGCUCCGUCCGUCCAGUGGGUCCGCUUGGGUCGGACUCUACCCGACGGAGACGAGCGGUGCCACGUGGAGAACGCCGCUGACCUCUCCACCCUGGUGAUCCAUGCGGUGAAGGAGGGCGACGGCGGAGCGUACACCCUCCGGCUGUCCAACCAACUGGGCUCCGACUCCGCCACCGUCAACGUUCACAUUCGGUCCAUGUAAAGAAAAAAGAAAGAAAGUUAAUUUAUUCCCCCAUUUCCCUCUUCCAGAACCUUUUUAUUUAGCGAAUUAGCAACGAUAAUCUACGUGACAAAGAUCUGGAUUUCUGUUCUUGUAAAUAUGAACUAUUUUUGUACCAAUCUUGACAUUAAUUUAUGCCAAACUAGACUCGGAGUCUAACGUUGUUAUAAAAUGUGCCAUAUUGGAUAACUAUGACUUAGGAUUUUUGAACAACUUUUCUGUGACACAUGUACAUAAUGUAUAUAGCCGAAUUUAACGGUUAUGGGAAAUGUAUGCAUUGUUAUUUAUGACAAUAAUAUGAAGCGAAACUGAAAAAAGAACAAAUGUUUAAACAGGAGAAAGUUCCACGAGGAACGAAUACCCUGUCGAACGGAGAAACUAAACUCUGUGCCUCAACGAUAUGUUGAAGUCUAAAGAUCGCCUCAACAGGUAGAGAGGCUCCCUGUUGACGUUACAAACACAAAGACUACGUUAUAUUGUCUUUGGAUAUAAACGAUAUUAUUUCCUAUGAGUUGUACCGUGAGCAUUUAAGACCCCGAGUGCUGUUUGCAUUGUACCCUCAUGUUUAAGCAGCAUAAGCGGCCUUGAGCUCAGACCGACUGCGUCGUACCACCGGGAUCUGACGACCAGCAGAGUGCGACGGCCUGCACUCUCAGCGUUUAGAGAUCCUUUUUAUUUUAAAAAAGAGCGAUGUUUUCUGCACCGGACAGCCGGGUCGACUUCUUCUAAAACCAAAACAUCUUCUGGCAAUAAAAAAAAGAAAGAAACGAGGAAACCAACGCCAGCUCUGCGGUGCAGAAGCAGCGCCGUCUCUCGGAGGAUAGCUAGCUAGCUAGCUAACUAGCAUACAUAUAAUAUAUAGCUAGCUAGCUAACUAGCUAACAUGUUUGCGUGUUAAAGAGUGUGAGUGUUUCGUAGCUUUUAGUCGUUUCAAAGUGUUGGUGUUCUGGGUUUUCUUGGUUCUCCACAGCGACUCCAUCUCCUGUGAGACCAGUAAAGAUUCUCUGUUCAUUGAUUUAUUUUAUUGAUCUGUUGAUGUAGAACUAUAUUUCAUAUCCUCCUUGAGUUUUAUGCAUUUCUGAUUUAAUAAAGCAUGAUUUCAGCACUA